AUGGCGGCCUCCAAGAGCGGUGUGAGUAAACCUGCGGUUACGAGUUUCCAGAAGAAAACCAGGAGCAAACUAAUCUCUAUCUCCGGUACCAGACCGUCGGUUCAAAACGGACAGCUGUUGGUUUCAACCGGCGUGACGUCCCUGGACUAUCUGCUCGGUCAGUCUGAUGUGGGGUUUAAUAUAAGCGCUAGCAGGGCUAAUGGCUAACACUUGCUAACACCAUACAUCAGUAUACUGGCAGCUCGACUGGCAGCAGUUAGAGACAAAACGACACUUAUGUUAUACCAAAAAAACCUAUAACCCACAGAGGUAAAGUUGUUUAAUGCUGCUGAAAUAUCCCCGAAGCUAGUAAAGCGCGGCAGAUUCCGACUCCACCAGAGACUAGAGGGGAACAAACGCCUUCAUAUCUCAGCAUCCAUGCAUGUUCAGCCAACAAUUUAGGACUAAAAUCCACAUACCUGCAAAGGCGUGACAUGUUCCAAUGUGUAAUCUUGCAAAAUCCUCAUAAAACACGCCAAGAAACCACGUCUUAUAGUUGUUUUCAUGUUAGAUAUGUGCUCCAAACUUUAUCAAUGGAAUUAAACAGCAAAUGUUAAUCACACUUCAGUUAAUAUCAAGGCGAUAUCACUGUCCUGUUAUUUCUACAUGGUUAUUGUGUACGGAAAAUUAUGUUAAAGAAUCUUAUGAGAAGAGGCUUAAGACUCACCUUUUUAACCAGGCUUUUCACUGAUUGUCUUUUUAUAUUUCUCUUACUGCAAAUGUUCAUUUUAAUCAAAGUUCUUAAUUUUUAUGUCAUUUUAUUCAUUAUCUCUGUUCUUAGUCCUUUUCUUAAUUCAUGUAUUAGAACUUUUAUAUGGUGAAGAGCUCUUACUUAUUUGUUCAUUUAAUAGUAUUUUCUUGUUUUAUCAGAUUUUAGUCUUUCUUUUUACCUUUUUAUUAUUUAUUAAUUUUUUUAUUAUUUUUAUCUUUUAUUUAUUAUCUUUAUUUCCAGUGUUUCCCAAAGGUAGCUCUUUCCUCAUGUAAUGUCUUGAUGUCAGGCCAUGUCUCUCUAAUGAUAUUUCUUAAAUUCUCACACUGUGUGCACUUGUGUGUGUGUAUGUGUGGGUGAGUGAGGGUGGGUGUGUGUCUUUGUGCAUGUGUGGGUCCAUGGUUGGGUGUGUGGGUGGGAUGUUUGGGUUUUAUUGUUGUUAAAUGUUGUUUUUUAGCCUCUGUGAGGCACUUUGAACUGCAUUCCUUUUGUCUGAAAAGUGCCAUACAAAUAAAGUUGAAUUUGAAUUUAAAAAAUAAGCGUGAAAGAGAUCAUCCUGUUCAUAUCUAUCUGGGCUAUUACGUGUGCUGAAUUAAUAUAAAAGUAAUAUUUUGCACUCCGUGCUCUAGGUUUUAUAUUGUCAGAUAUAUUUUCUAACAUUUCUUACAUAUUUUUCCCAGUGACACAAUGACACUGACCAGCCUUAACAUUAUGAACACCCGGGCAAUCUAAUAUGACCUAAUAAGUCCAAUACCGCCAUAAAUUCUACUUUCAGGCAGCUUCUACAUUUUUAGAUCAGUCGGGUGACAAUUUUUCUUCAAAUUGUUGAAGUUGUUAGUUUUGGUGUUGCACUGGAAUGCAUUGUAUAAUGAUGGUAAUAAUGUUUAUUUAUACAGGACUUUUUGAAGAAACAGAUUUCACUAAGUGCUUCACAAUAAGACAUUAAAAGGGAAAAUACAGCAAGAAGUAAUAAACUCUUACAAUGAAGUAGAUACCCUUCAAACAAAGGCAAGUCAAAACAAAUGGAUCUUGAAAUACCUUUUUAAAACAGCCACAGUAUCCACAGUUCUCUGUAACAGUAAAGGUAAACAACCUCAAACACACAGUCUCUUUUAGUUUUGAAUCUUGUCUGAUAAACAACUGACAGCAGCUUCCAGACAGAGUUUAUGAUAGAACUGCUGUGUUGGUUGCAUUAUAUUGCCUGGGUCAGGUCUUCAUAAUCUCAUGUAGUCAGUGUAAAAUAAUGUGAAAUACCUUUUAUUUUAUUGAAUUAUUGCUUCAAAUUGUAUUUUAAACAGCUAUGUUGCACAAUCACAUUUUCCAGAUAUGGCAGCACCGUGUCUUAUUCUCUGAUUACCAGCCAUAAAAACUCUUCAAUGCUUGAACAUAGUUGCUAAAAUAAUGAAAAAAAAAAUGCCAUCCUGGUUGAAUACAGCAGUUGUCAUAAAGUUGAACACAACUUUAGAACUAUAACAUCCAUCUUUCUUUGCACAUAACAUUCUUAUACACACAGUCAUGCAGCCAUGUUGUUACUGUAUUUUUAAUGCUUUAAAUACAAGAAUACACAAGGUUUAUGCAAUAGUUUCCAGAACAGGACAGAGCGGUGACUGAUUUGAAAAACAUGUUUUGUUUAGUGUGGACCAGCAGCCGCACUGAUGAGGCUGCCUGCAGUGUCUGCAGACAUUAUUUGUUUAUCUUUUUUAUCAGCCUUGUAAGUACAGGCAUGAGCCAGAACUGAGUAUUUUAACAUCGGCCAAAUAAAUUGGCUGGCCUGAUUUAUUGGUCUAUCUCUAGUGUGCUGCAUUAAGACUGUAAGAGAAAGUGAAAGAAGUAGCAAUUUGCUGAAGAGAGGCUCAACGUUGGUCACAUUAAUUUAGAAAAGCCUCAUCUGUAUUAUUUGUUGGUGUUUGCAAGAAACUAACCUACAUUUUUGUUCUCUGAAUCCACAGGUGGUGGGUUGGCAGUAGGAACAGUGCUGCUCAUAGGUAAGCCUUUCACUUAUCAAAAUGAACACUAGUCUAAAGAGCCUGUUAAGAAAACGUCCUUUCAAACCAAUCAGCGAUCCAGCACAAGAUUCAAGGUCAAAGUGUAGUAACUUAGUACUUCUGCUCUAAUGCACAGUUGUUUGAUAAUCAUAUUCUCCCUGGGUAGAUGUGUGGUAUACCCUUAUAAAUGCAGCAUGGUGACCCCAACAAAAACAGGCCUUCUCCUGAGAAGAUACACAUAUUGUUGGGUAUUUGAAGUCAUUUCAUUCAAUGUUUUUAUUCUGAGCAAAUUUGCUCGUAAUAACUAUGCUGUCAUAAACAAAAAUUAAAGCUCUUUAUAAUAAUUAUGAAGAAUGGCUAUGGGCGGAUAUUUAUUACAGGUUACACAGAGUGUAGUUUGUGUUUCUUUGACUAAAUGGUUAACAACAUAAACAAGUCAAAGUUUAGCUUCCGGUAAGUUUGAGGAGUUAAUGUGCUCUUAAAUGUAUGUUUAUACUUGAAAUCUUGUUUUUUCAUUUUCUCUGACUGUUAAAGAUACAGAAUAGGACUGACUUUUUACCUGAUGUUGAUGCUGUAUCCUUUACAGAGAUAAGUUCAAUGUUAUACUUUGUACUGGAGCAAGGAAAAUGCUUGUAUGCAACUCUUCUUUGUAGCAGUUUGCAGCCUAAAGCUUUUUCCCUAUCCUGAGUGAUUUUAGAUGUAUUGACUCUGCCUUAACCUUCUGCUGAAAUAUAGCUAAAACAUUUCAUAUGCAUUCACCAACCCCCCGUCAGUGGCACUUUUUAGCAUGCUGCAGAUAAUGGUGCUGUCUGUCUCUUCUCCGGCUCUUUGUGGUUAGUGUGUCUCAGUAUAGCAGAACAGCAAAUAGACCAAUGACCUGAGGUCUCUUGUUACAUUCCCAGGUGUUCACACUUCUACUUUGAUCCUUAAUUAAUAUGCUCAUCUGCAGAUGUGGAAGCUGUGGAAGUUUUUUGGGUGUACAUUCAAAGCGAGUGGAUUUUGUAGGGACAUAAACGUCUUUCACUGUAUUAUUAUUGUUAUUAUCAUUCAUCAUAGGCCUGGCUAUAUGCACUGGUAGACAGUAAGGUUAAGGUAGUCUUGUUUCCCCUUGAAGCUGUAAUUUGUGUGUAGCAAAGGCCUAUACCAACUGAUGAUAUUGCUUUGCCCUUUAAUUCACCCCCCCAAUCGAUGCAGAAGUCAGUGAUUAUACACUAAUGCGUUCUUCCCUUCCAUUUUGUGAAUCAAUGUACGGUUGGUUUCAUCUGGUAAUGAGAGACACAGUAAAGGUGAAAUGCGUGUGUGAGCUCUCUUGUGUUUGUCUCUGAAAGAGGGAUGUGCGUGUGAGUGUGCACUGUGCUGUCUGUUUUGUUGAGUGUGUGUGUGUGUGUGUGAGUGGGUGGGUGGGAUGGAGGGGACGGAGGGGGAGUUUUGGAGCGUGUGUUUGUUUGUGUUGGUUUCAGGCAGUCGUCUCCUACAGUCUGCCCCUUUAGCUGUGAUGGCCUGUUUGUGAGACUCAGACAUAAAAUUAUCAGACUGGUCGUUGUCUGCCUUUGAAGUGUCUUGAGCUGUCCAUCCCGAUUUGUCAACCAGAGGGGGAUCAGGCCAGUAUGGCUGCUGUCUGAAGAUUUCUCAUCUUGUGUGUUUUUUAAGAGAAGAAGAGAACAAAGCUUUCCAGCUCCUGUUACAUUAACCAUGAAUGAUUUCACUCCAAUUAAUUAAGCACAUGCGAUUUUCCUUUAUUAAAUCCAUUAUAACUCAUUUUAUCUUGAGCCUCGUUGUUUCCCAUGCUUGAAUUUUGAAAAACUUGCAAAUUGCACCUUGAAUAAGCAUGAGCCUAACUUUUAGCCUAUAUUUACAAUAUUGUAGAAAACUACAACAAAAUAUUUGUCAAAGAAGUUAAUCAUCACCACUGUUAAAGGUCAUAUUUAGUCUGUUUGUUACCAGGUUUAGAAGGAAAAUGCUGUCAUGAUGUGGUUGAAACUUGAUGGAAAGGUUUAGUAAGAGUCGAAAAAAACCAUAGCAAUGUCAAGAUUGUAUGAAUAUGAUUAAAAUGACUUUGUUCAAGCUACGGCAGAUCAGACUUAAAGCGAUUUGAAAUGUCUUCUGUAUGAGCGUCUAGCUUAUUGUAACAGCUGUUUCUAAUGAAAGCUGUUGUGUUCAUGGUGUUAUUCGGGUUUUAGCAUUUCAAUUUUUUUUUCCAAGACUGUAAACUGUUUUCUGAUUUUCACAAUGCAUAUAAAAUAUUUCAUUUCAAAGCAUAUACAUAAUGCAUACACAGCUUGGAAGAUGAGGCUUCAUUAUGGCACAGCUGUCUUUUGACACAGUGGGAAAUUUAUUCCAGACAUAUAUAGUGAUUGCGCUUUCAGGCUCGCACAUCAAAAACAACUGGACGGUUUGCUUUGGCCGUGGUCUUUACUUUUUGGGAGUGCCCCCUUAUUUUUAACUCCUGGUGUUAUAGUUGUGGAGUGAAGCAGAUUUAUGCUCCAUCUAUCGCAUGGAGAGUGAAGUGAGGUUAUUUUUACAUGUGCAAUGAAAAGCCUCAAGUUUAUUCAUCACUAUUGGAAAUUAGGUUUUGAAGAUUUCAGUACUUUUUAAUACCCUAUGUUCUUAAAUGAUACAUGAUCGAUUCUUUUGUUAGUUUUUCUAGUGUUUAUUAGUUUCUAAAAGCACCAGAAUACAAACUUAGAUCCACUUUUAUUUUCAACCUGAAGCUGCUGUGUGCAACUUCACAAGAGAGCAAGAGAUGACGGUAAAGGGACACAGAUAAUGUAAAGGAAGAGAGCGUGCAAAUAUGGUAAAUAAAGCUGAAAAACAGAGAGAUUAAACAUUAUAUUCUCAUUGUUUUACAGCAGUUACUGUCUUUGGUGAAACUCACAUCCACAGCACAUACUGUGAUCACACACAUAAAAAACUGUAUCCUGUAACUAUUCAGCUUUUUGCGUUUGGUCCGUUUUGUUUAUUUUCACAUCUUGAUAUUUUUUUACCUUUAUCUGUUAUCUGUCAUUUGUCUCUCUACUUUACAUCAUUUCAUUAAAGUAAUUCAGAUGAUUGACAAUAAAGUUGACUUGAGUAGAAAUUAGAAACAUGUCCACGCAGAAACAUAAAUCAGUCAGUAGGUACCACUUUUGGUUAGCUUGCAGCUGAGGUUGUGCUCCCUCCUGCCUGCUGUGUGUCUCCCUGCUCCACCCUCCAUCACAGUCCUCAUACACCUAGCUCUUUGAUUCAUAUUUUGACAAAUACACUUUUUUGUUUUGCUUCUUUUAUUAUACAAAUACAAAUACAAAUAUGUUGUUUAAGUCUGCUGGAGAAAGACAGAGGUGUCAGCUGGUCUCUUUAUGUUCACAGAGUACUGUUGACAGGGAGCUGUACAUGGUUGCACUAUGACUGUAGCUCAUAGAACGUCGGCAUUAGUAAAAAAAAAUACAAAACACAGACAAAGAGCAAAUUUCUUCUUUGUAAUUUUUAUAUCAAAACAGAGAGCAAAAUCCUUUUAUUAUUACUGGUAUUCAAGUUCAGAAAUCUGGUAUUGUGAGAACCCCGAUAAGAAAUGUAUGUAGGUUAGACUUUUUAUGGUUGACUAAAAAAAAUGUAUGCACAAUAGGAUUUGUAUUAGAAAAAAAUUUGAUUGUAAAAUCUUGAGAAAAAGAAUCAAACUUUUAAUGCAUCACAAAACCUUUUCUCUUUCAAGGCCCUCAAAGGCCACCGUCACCUCACAUACAGGAGGGGUGAGCAAAGGAGCAUUCCGGUCUAGACUUUUACUGCUCGACAUUGUUAAUAUAUUCAUAUCUGACAUUGUACCCUUAAACAGACAUUACUGUUGGCCUUUGUUAUAGUAUCUAUAAUGCCAGUUUCGUUCUUUUAAACCCUGAUUUUCCUAAAUUUGUCUCUAUUCUGGACCUGCUUUGUGGUCUUAAUAAAUUUGAGCCGCAUGGUUGAAAAAAUAAAAACUACAUAAAGCCAAGAUUCAUACAUUAGGGGGAAACACUCUGACCUAGAUAAUUUGCCUCCUCCCCCUGCAGCUUGAGCAGAUAUGAUUCAGGUCUGCUGUUCUCCCACUCUUCUGUUUGAAGGCAGAUGAAGCUGAGGCCGUCCCUUCCCCCUUUACCAAACCAAAGUCAAAAUAAGCAGAAAAAAAGGAAGAAAAAAUCAUCCCAUGACUGUCCAGAGUGACUGAUCCACCUCAAAGAUAUGACCAUACCCCACCCCCUGUUGCUCGUAUAUCCCCCCCACCACCACCACCUCCCACCCCCUCCCUUACCCCCCGCCUCUACAGCCUAAUGACUCCUGGAGGUUCCAUUUGUAAGGCUCCCAUAGAAACACAGCCACAAUAGGCCCCAUCUUGAGAGGGCCCAUCUGGGAGUCUUUGUGGGGCCUGCUGAAAGCCACAAAGGCCUGCUGACCUAGAAACCCAUCAAUAAGAGAACAGGGAGCCCCACCGACAACAAAUUGAAGAGCUCUGGAAUUUCCUGGGCCAUCCUGAGUCCGUAGGUGAGGACAUGGACCAGGAACGUGGGAGGUGGGGAAUUCUCCGGAUGUUUUAGGAUGACACGUCAGGAUGUCAUUCCCAAGCUGUCAGCUGUAUGUCCUUUACCUUUAACUGUCACUGCUGCCUUUGUCCUUGUGCCCACUGUUUGUCAUUGUGUAGAGAGGCCUAUGAAAUCUUUCCUAAAUGACGAUUGUGACAGGAAGCAGCAGGAGCAUGCUGGGUAGAGUCAUGUGCCUUGUUAGGGGGGUUUCAUGGUGAUGAUACAGCCUUUUUUUAUGUGGGUUUAGGCCAUGAAAUAUCCAGGUGGCCACUUUGUGUGUUCUGAAAGAGCUACGUUUGUGAAAGAAUGCUGAAUAUUUAGGAUCACAUACCGGUCUGGAUAAUGCUCAAGACAUUCCUUUAAAUAAGACUGUAACAUCAGCGCUCAAAACUGAGAUCUGUUUCCUCUACUCAUGUUUUAAAACCUCACAUCUCACUUUUUUAUAGGUUAAAUUUCAGCUUUGGCUUUAUUGAUAGAGUGAAGAAGAAGAUGUGCACCAAAGAGUUUGAUAAACUAGAGAUAGACCAAUUGAUCAGGUAGCAAAUUAUGUGGGCCAAUUAUUAGCAUUUUGAAAUGACAUCGACUUCAAAUCGGCAGCUGCCAUCACAAGGCUGGUAUCACCAUCACCUUCUCUCUCUUUCCUUUUUGUUCUUUCAUAGUGAUGUUUUCAGGCAUUUUUGUCUUUAUUUCACAGGACAGCUGAGGAGAAACCAAAAUUAAGACAAUUAGUAAUUACUUUUUUUAAGUGUUGUAUUUUGUCAAAUCCAAAAAGCAAAAACAGUGUGAUAUAGGCAUUAUAUGUUGACCAUCAGCUGAGCUGCUCCUUUGUUAUCAGUAAUUGUAUUAACUGUCAAAAAGUGGAUUUUUUUUCUUCUUCUGCAAACCAGUUAGCUAGUCCAACAAGAACUUAAAUACUCUUUGUUCUUUGUUCCCAUCAGGUACAACUUUUAUGUGUGUGUUUUUUUUUUAACUUAUUUUUAUGAAAAGAAAAACCUGAUAUGAACGACACUAGCAGUGCAAUGACAAAAGUAUGCCAUCACCAUCAGUAUUCAUUCAUAAAGCAAGGAGCACAUGUCAGGGAGCAGUCACAAUUGUAUCCUGCCUCUGCUCCCUGCUGUCAGCUGUCCUGACAGAUUGUUUACCUUUUUGGACCAGGGGGGAGGGGUCAGGUGCACACUUAAGACAGGUGUCUCCCUCUCACCUUCUCUGUUGGCUGGGAACAUGAUAUGUAAAAGUGGACAGGAAUAUAGUUCAGACCUUAACAAGAGAACUGAAUGUGUCAUCUUCACUUUGAUGGCAGAUCUCAGCUGAGGCACCUCUGACUCUCUGCCAUGUUGAUUGCCACCUCAGCUGUUUCCCACCAAAGGUGGCCUGAAUGUGGUCCUUACAUCAAUUGCAGUCAGUAUCUGUGAUGGGGUCAUGAACAGCUGGAUGUCUGUGGUGUGUGAAUAAAUGAUCAGACAGAAAAAAGAUCCACUGAUGGUUGUAGGCCUGAUUUAUUUCUCAUAUUUGCCUCUGAACUCUUUUACUUGGCCAUGAAAGAGUAUGACAACGAAGGACAGUUUCUUGAGGUAGACUUCCUCACUUAUCCUCAACUCUGAUUGCUUUUGUCUUUUCUUUCUCAGAGGAGGACCGAUACGAUAGCUACUCCCGUACGAUCUUGAAGUACUUCCUGGCAGAAGGUGUUGUAUGUCGACAUGAACUUUUCGUGGCAUCUGCUCAAGAUAACCCAGAUGAUAUCCUACAGGUAUGAUCGGAGGUGAUGUCUCUUUUAUAAGCUCUGAGGAUGAUCUUUUGCAAAGUUUAUUGUGUUUUUUCAAGCUACAAAUGUUGACGGUCCAUCUUCAGAGAAUCUAAGAUAGCCUCAAUGUGUCUACUUUACUGCUCCUUAUACUAUGGAAAAAACCGUUUCCGAAAACUUUUGUUAACCUUCUCUCACUUAAAGAAAGAGUUGUUUUUUUUCUCACAGUAUAUUAAUGAAUCACCUCUGUACAGUAUUCUUCCUGGGUCUGGCCAUGAUUUAGCAGGUAGUAUUAUAGGCACACAGCUUUCCCCAAGAUGUGUCUGGGUCAGCGGGGGUGUCUGAGAGGUCGAGGGUGGCAUGGUUGUGACAUUGUUGAAAUGUUUCCCGAUGCAUCACCGUGUGAAGAGAAGUGUCGCCUCAGAAGCUGACUGCCACCCAUCAUACAGGAGGAGGGCCUCUCACCCACUGAUUGAUAGUGGGAGGGGUCACAGCCUCAGCCUCUCUUUACAUAUCAAAGCCUUAUUAAAAGAGAGGAAGUCCCAACGGGGAUAUAUCACAUCAUUUAGUGUUUCCACAGCCACAUUCACAGUAUGCUAAUCUUCAGAUGCGAAGCUUGUACUUUAUGUGUUGUGUUAACACACAAGAACACACAGGCUACCAGCUAUUUGGAAGAAACCAGGUUAGGGUGUAAAACAGAACAUGUUCACAUGGGCAGCAAAACUUGAGCCCUCUAAAACCAUCUUAACUCACAUCAGCUUAUCAGUCAUUGAACAGGCAAGAUUUUCCCAUUUUGGAAGAAAACUACUUGUUGAAUACUGAAAGAUGUGUGAGUGGUGGGACUCCGUUUUUUUCCAGAUUAUGUACAUUGGUAUGAGUUUUACAAACACUUCACUGUUCAGCUCUGGAAAAUGACUCAUGUUGACUCAGUUCAGUUCCAGCUUUGGUCAGACUUUGGAUCUUAUUGUGUUUAUUACAAGGACACAGCGCUACAAGGAUCAGUCAUCCCCCUGCACUAAUGCCACAGAAAUCUUCUCCUCCUCUGAAAGCUUAGUGAUGGACACAUACAGUUGUAGAGAGACAGUACGGGGUGGACUCACUGAAAAAUCAUUCUUGCUGAUUUUUUCAGCUCAGAUCUUUUUUUUCAUGUUUACAAAAACUGAUCCUGCCAAAUGCUGACCCUGAAUAUCAUGUACAUUACACACACUGAAAAGACUCACUUUUGGCUCAGUGACAAGUAGGGCUGGGUGAUAAACCGAAAAUUUACCGAUACUGAAAUUUACGACAAUAACCAACGUCAUAUUGCACAUAUCAGUAUAUUCGGUGUCAAAAGAAUAAAUAAAUAAAAGUUGGUUUUGGAUGUGUGUAGGUAGGCUAUGGUUUCAUGUCCCCUAUAAGACGCUGUCCUAUGUCAGAGACUUGACUCCACCCCAUCCAGUCCAUAACAAAGAGAGAAAGACAGGUGAGGAGAUGGAGGACGGUUCAAAAAUUGUAGCGGUUGGAUCGGCAGCUGGGGUAGACAAAGUUAAUGUGAGAGGGGGUGAGCAGCUUGUUGAGUAGUUAUCAUCCAUUUAUCAUUAUCGGGGUGAACUACUUAAUAUAUCGUGAUAUUGAUUUGAGGCCAUAUCGCCCAGCCCUAAUGACAAGCCAUUUGAUAUACAGCAAAAGGAUAAACAAAUGUCUCACAUUUGACUGUUCACAUUCAACUUAAUGUAUCUUAUCAUGAAUAUCAUUUCAUUCAUUUCAGGAACUUCCCUCUCCCAUCCUGGAUGAUGUUGCUAUCCACAAACCAGCGGAGCAGCCAAGGUUGCCCUCUGACCCUCCGGACAGUCUGGACGCCAUGAAGAUUGCCUGGCGCUAUCAGAAUCUGCCAAAAGUACAGGUAACUAAGUUAUCCCAUGAUAGCUUGAUUCGUCUGUUAUUAAGGAACUGCAGCAUGUCUGAGGUAGAGUAAGCAGUAUGAUAUUGGUAACUCUGUGGUUUUACUCCUGUUAUGAGAGGUCCGACUCGGGUCCGUGUUAAGGAUGGUAUGAGAAAGCAGUCCUGGCUCUCUGGCCCUUGUGGUUUGGCAAUUGUCUCCAGCACUAAAUCCAUGAGCUUCUAAACUCCUUUGUGGAGUGAAUGAGGCCUCAGCCUCUCCUUUCAGAGCUGGACCAGAUUACUCACACUUAGCUGGCAAUAGGUAGGCUUUUCAGUGGUCCCCAACUCACAUAUACACAAACACACACACGCCUGCACCCCUGCUUAGCCUGGGAAACAAGAGUACUUUGCAGUCUGUGCAUUGACAUGUCUGCUCGCUCAACCCUAUGACCCAGACCUGCGCCUCUGUCUUCCCCCAAAUCCCUGCCUUUCCCCCUGCUAGGGUCGGCAGCCCUACACUCUUUCUUCCGCUUUGAGAGCUGACCCUCCCCUUCUCCUUCUCUGCAGUCUCCCCCCUUCUGUCUAUAAUCCAUAUCGCUAUGUGGAUUAACAACACACAGUGUAUCCCUGGGGAUCCUCUCCUUCUUUCUCUCUCCCUGGAAACUUCUUUAUAUCUGUGUCCUUUUCUCACCUCUCCCCCUUCCUCUGUAAAAUCGUCUUUACAAACUACUAGUAAGCCCCCACCAGAGGAUUUGCAUCCCAAAUUCACCCCCAGAGUCAACGCUUACGUUCCCCUUACACACACCUCUCCUGGCAGAGCCCACUGUGUCGCUCUCUCGAUGAAGACAUCAGAUCAAAGGUGAAGCCAUCAGGGCGGGGAUGGAACGCUAAGCGGGUUGCCAGGCUCACAAAGAGAAGAUGAGCCCCUGACCCCCCUGCCCUGCUGACCCCCUCGUCCCGCCAGGAGAGGGACACACCGGGGGCCCUAAUCCAGAUUAAGAGUAGAUUAAGGGCCCCUCUAACAAUGGAAUCCCCGGUUUUGCUGAGAGAGAAGAGCUAAAACUCUCUCUUUCAGCUGCUGGAAAACAUCCGCCUUCCCCUGCGUCUCUGACACGUUUGCUUUCACAGCCAGAAGUGGACGUUUAUGUGAAGAAAUGAUUAAGGCUGCAGUCGUAGAGGUUGUUUAACUUCUCCACUGUAGGAAUGUUGAGGACUGACCCAUAAACAAUGCAAUUGCAUUACCAUAGUAAUGUGAAGCACACUCAUUUAACAUGUUUUCAAGACAAAUAAGAUUAUUUUUCUCUAUGAAUUGAGUUAUUCUUGUCUAGAAUUAGGGAAAUUCACAUCCAAAGUGAGUCGCGCUGCUAGGCCUGGGGUUAUUAGUAUUACAUCAAAAUGUUCAUCGAUUUAAGGCCUUUUGUGUUCAUGUGUUUUAACAUGAGUUUGACCUUUUGACCUCCUCAGACUGCCCUGGCAUCCUCGUCGCGGUUCGGCCACUAUUAUGACGUCUCCAAGACGAUGGAGCCAGAAAUUCGGCAGGCAGCCAAGUGCCACCGCUUCUACCUUCCAGAGCAUCCCACCCAGUCAUCACCCACACACAGGUAAGAAGACAAGACAUCAUCCAGAGAAGUAGUGGAAACCAAUGAGACACCAUCUGCAGAACACAGGCACACUAACAUGACACCAUCUGCAAACCACAGCUACACAAAUAAGACAACAUCCACACAACACAGGCAAGCAAACAUGGCACUGUUCACAGAAUACAGGGAAACCAACAAAGCAGACGCUCUGAUAUAAUCUAAAGAGCACAUUCAGUGUAAAUCCAGCAACUACAAUCAUGGAUGAGAGAGGUGAGUCCACCUGAAAGAAGAAAACUCAAAACUGAGAUUUGACUUGGACUCAUGCACAGCCAAAGAAAAAAGUGUUUUUGUGGUUUAUUUGAAGUUUAUCUUGUUUUCAGUAACUGCGCUUUCUGUGAAACACCAGCCAAAAGUGUUAAGAUGAUAAAAAUGCUGAUUGAAAAACAAAAUAUGUGGUCUCAAACUUUUCGGUUAUCUCAAUUAGUAAAACAAACUGUCCAAAAAAAAUGCUGGUGAUGUAUUUUUUGCAACAAAAAUUAAAUGAUUUCAAACUCAGAGGCUGUAACUUAAGAUAGAGUUCGUCCACAAUUAGAAAAAAACAAGAAUUCGGACAGCAAAGUUGUUAUGUUAAAAAAUUAUAAUCAUUGUUUUAUGAGAUUAAAGUUGUUUUAUUAUGAGAUUAAAUCCAUGUUGUUCAAAUAAAGUCACUCACAAUGGUGCUGUUUGAAAAGAUGCACGUAUCCUUUCAUGAGUGUUUUUUUUAGUGGCAAAGCAUUUGGAAAAGGAUAAUUUAACAAGAUGCUUCAGAGUCCUCAUUUUGUCAAACUAAAACUACAACAUGGUCACAACUUGUAAUCUCCAAACCGACUUUGUUCUCUCAGCAGUUAUAUUCUCAUAGCAAUAUGACUUUUAUCUCAUGACAACUUAAUACUCAUAAAAUCCUGACUUUACUGCAACGUUGUUCUUGUCAUAUUUUGACUUACUGCAACUCAAUCUGGAACUGGAUAAUGACUUUAUUAUGAUGUAAAACUCAAAAUCUUAAGCAUAAUCUAAACCAUAACUCUUUAAAAGAGCACUUGAUUUUUGCCCUCAUAGUAGCUCAUAGUAACCAUCACAUGCUUGUCAUUUCUGCUUUAAAAUGACUAAAAAAAAAGUCAUCUGGAAAAUAUAAUUGAUUUAGCUUCAAGAUAAACAAGGGAGUUAAAAUUUCCCCAAUUUGUUGCUAAUAAAUCUGACAUUUAAAACCUCAAUCUGUCAGUCAGACUUUGAUUGUAAUUUCACUUUUCAUACACCGGUAUAAAAACACUUAAAGUAAGUGUUUUUAAAGUAAAGUAUGCUUAAAGUAAGAGAAAAAGUUUUGAAUAAAGGACUUAUAAUAAAACAAGAACCAAUGAACUGAGGAAAGAAACGUCUCCUGCAAUGUGUUGUUUUUGUGUAAUUACUAAUAUUCGAUGAGCCUAUUUUAAUUAUGAGAACAUUUUUAUCAUUACAGCUUAACCCUGGAGUAGGUGCAUAUUUAAAAUGUUACAAUAUGUGUAAUUUCAUGAAAACAGUAGUUUGGACAUGAUUUUAAGGACAUUUUUGCCCUUAAAACAGCUGAAACAAAUCCAGCUCAGCCUCUAUUCUUCGUAGCUCUCCAGUGGCCAAAGACAUUCAGCCUCUUGGAAAGGUUGUGUAUGUCUAUUCAAAUAAGGGUCUUGUUUGCUCAGCGUCUGUUUGAUUUCUCCUGCGUUGAGUGUACUUAGGGUUCAGAGGUCAUGCAGGCUCUUUACUCAGAGAGUGCUGCUGAACACACAAGGGCACACGAAGGCACACUCACACACACUCUGGGUAAAUACAGCAAUCUGGAGCACAGAGGAUGUGGAGGGGGCUUUAUAGAAUCCCUCUUCCUUUAUUUCAGCAAACAGAGACUGUUUAACCGAGCGCCCAUGCAAACACAUUAAAAGCGGUGGAUGUGUUCAGUUUAAAGUCAACAUUUUUACAAGUGUAGACAUAAAGAUGACAGAAUUCAGAGUUUCGCUCGACAUCCGAUCAGAAAUUAACCGUCCCGAUCAGCAGGAAAUAAAUGAAAGAUCUGAUUUAUUGAUAUUUGAAGCAUUUUUAAGGCAGUUUAAGUAGUGGCAGUGACAUGGUUAUGCUGCGUCUGAAUGGGUUAUAGAUCUGACAGACAGACAGCAGGAAGCUACACCUGCACUGCACCAUUGUGCCCCCAGCUCCGCCCCAAUAUAACCCCCACACAUAUACACACAUACACACACGCACCACACACACUCCUAAGCAGGCUACUCCCCCUUGCACGUGUCCACAGCCCCAUGUUGAUACCCUAGCUGUUAAAUUGCUCCGUUUCACUUGAAGGCAUAAUUGGCACAAAUUGCUCUCUAGGUGAUACAGAUCCUGUUGUUUAAGACCAAGCAUCCCCCCUUCUCUCCUCUUUUCUUCCCUCGCUGAAUGAGAAACACCCAGAUAAAGAAGUGUCCUCCUGUAUGAUCCUAAUUAGCCGACGCACUAGCCCCUGUAGCUAAGCACCUAGACCUUUUUGGUACCUGAAUGAGGGGUGCUCAGUGGGGGCAGCUAAAACACAAUGCCGUCCCACACAAUGGCUGCCAACCUCCUGCUCGACUGCAUGUCAAACCAUCCCAGCCCCCUACCUCAGAGCAGGGGCAUGGGCAGGGAGGCCGAGGAGGGUAGGUGUCCCUCUUUCACCAAACCGACUCUAUCAUUAGGCCCAGCGGGGUCAGGAGGCACCAUUGUUGGGCUGAAUAACUGAAAUAGAGUACAUGGAUAUACUUGGCGCAAGUGUAAUCAACACAAGUGAGUAUUACUGUUCUUUAUGCAGGCCUAUUGGCGUGUGACCAAUCUAUGUGUAUCAGCUUUUGUAGCCUGCAGGUCCAAUUGACAACUGACACAGCAGCCCACUGUGACUCGCUACAGAGUGGUCAUUACAGUGGUACGGCCUUCUUCAGUGAAGGGACCUGAGUGUUUGUGUGUAAAAAGAUGGGGUUAACAUUCCUACUGGCCAUCCUGUUGGCACAUGAAGGGCUCAGCAGUAUCGCGUCCCAUAUAUGUUGCUGCAUGUUGCUCCCUUUGGCGGCCCUUUGUCAAUGGUGCACAUCUUACCCCUGAUUAAACACCAAACUGCUGCUCCCUGUUAAUUUGAGAUAUCAGCCCAUUAACUCCCUCCUCCUGCUCUCUUAUCUUUGUCGUCUGCAUGUUUGUGAGUUUACAUCUGUCGAUCUGUCCGUCCCUCUGUCUGUCUGUCUCUGCACAAUCAGAUCCUCGGGGAGCUGACAGAGAACCAGUCAUGUUGUAAUUUAAUCAACCAAAUAAAUUAAUUGGAUCUCUUGAUAUGGAUCAUCUGUCUGCUUCAGUGGCUUCAGAAAAGCACAGUCAGGAGGAACAUGCUGCAGUCAUGGAGGAUUAAGCUACUGUGGUGAUGGGCCUGGCCCAGUUUUAUCAAACUGGUUUCAAUUACAGUUUACAUGUCCUGAGUAACCAUUUCUGUUCUCUGUCUGGUUUGUCCUCCACUGUGCCCACUCUCUCCUCUGUCCUGUGCUCCUCUCAGUACCAUGCUCAAGUCCUACUCUGCAUUGCUGAAGUCACUUCAAGAGGUCAUAAACAGGGAGGGAUUUGAUCUAACAACCCCAAUGGUAAGAAUGGAGUGCAUUUGUUCCUGUUCAACCUAUAAAAACAGGUUUUUACUUUUGCAACUUUACUUGCAGAUACAGUCGUCUAGAAAUUAAAAUUCCAAUCAGUCUUUAACCAUUUUUAAGCAAUCCAGCACAUCCUCCCUCUGUACAGCAGUCUUACUGCAACUUGGGCAAGUGAGAGUGUUGAAUUUCUUCUAAGAUGAUGAAUUUUUUUGAAUUUGAACAAUUUGACUCCAUAUUUGUAACAAUACUACAAUUGAUCAUCAAUAUCUCUGCCCUAACCCUAACCCUUUUUAUGUUUCCCAUUCCUGUUGUGGUUCACUUGACAAACACAUUGAUUCAUGGUAGUAAGAGUGUAAUAAGCUGCCACAUACAUCCAUGCAAAAGGACAUGUUUUCCUGUUUUUAUUUUCACAGUCACUUAAUUGUUAGUAAAGAUAAACUCUUAACCCCGAUGGAGCUGUUUAGGUUACAUAUGUCUGCCUGCAGCCUCCCCUCCCCCGAUAAGCCCUGUCAGACUAUUAGGAUUUAAAAAAACAAAACGUCGUAGGCAACAUAUUUUUUAAGAGACACGAGAUCUGCAUCUGUGACCCCCAGCUCUUCUGUCACAUUCCAACCACCAUUUCUUUCAAGUUUGUUUACCUCCCUCUCACCUGCUCAGCUUGGCCUCACCUGUGUGUCCCAGCUGUGUGUGUCUUACCUUUGACAUACAUCUUUUUAAUAACUAUCAAUCCUGUAUAGAACGCCAGAAACACUCACGGCCCUGUCUGUUCUCCUCAGGGCUAAGAGUGUGAUGUUGUUCACACUGUGAUGUCCCUGUAUAUAAUCAUUUUUCUACAUAUACUGUAUAUCUAUACAGCAUUGGUGUGUGUGUGUGUAUGCUUUUUCUGGUUGUGUAUGUGUGUUUGUGCGCCUCAUUCACCUACAUUCGGUGACCCCUCUGCUCGUCACCUGGAGCCACCUCUCCCCCUGUCACUCACACACAGGAUUUACCUCCAGUACCCCCCACCCUCCCUCCCCGAGCGCUGUCACUCACACGCCAGAUUAACUGCUGACAUCAUUAAAGCAGUGUGGCCGCCUGACAUGCUGUUGGCACAGUCCAGGAAUGCAGACCGGCACAGAGCGACAUGGGCUCUGGCACAGAAAUGCCCAGUAUGGCUGAUCCUCAGAGUGUGCGCCUUUUGUGUGUUUAUUUAUUAAUCAGGAACUGUUAACGAGAUUCACAGACAGUUUGUAAAUAACAGAAUAGAUUAAGGAUUAAUAUUCUUGGACAUAGUUUUUGGGAGAUCAUUUAAGAUGAGUGUGGCAGGCUGGCAGCAGGGCUGUGAGUCUCCACAGAGACUGGCUAGUGAUUAGGUUGUGGUCCCCAGGCUGGCUCUAGCCUAUAUGGUUGGCCUCUGGUCUUUGGCUGGACUGCACUGGCACUGUUCCCUGCUUUUUCUAUAGGAUAAACUAUAGGAGUUAAGUUUGGCUUCUCCUCCUGAUGCCACAGCAACAGUCUUGUUACCACAGCCGCCCCCCUGCAGGGAUAAAGACAUAGAAAAAGAUUUCUAAUACUGUGGCCUCCAAGAACUGUGUAGGCAAGGCUGUUAAACAAAGACAGAGCAUAUGUAAUAAUGACAAAGGCACAGGCUCACAUAGGGCACCGAUAGAAAAAAAAAAUAAGGCAUCAGUUUAUGAGUAGAUGUUGAAUGGUGCAGAGGACGAACGUAGAGUCCAGUUUAAGGGUCCUCCUUUGGGAAACUAUGAGCCAACAGUGAAAAACUCCGAGACACAAUGGGGUUUAUUUUUCUUAGAUGGCUGUGAUUCUGAUCCAGAUCCAAACUCAGCUUAGGUCAUACUGUCGGGAGAGGAAGCGAUGGGAAGUUGGGCGGAGGAGAUUGAGAGGAGAGGAGAGGUUGAGAUAAUGGAGGGGGAGGGAUCAAGGAGAGGAGAGGAGAGGCUGGAAAAAAGGGGGGAAAAUGAGAGCAGAUUUUCAGCCAGAGCUUUGUUAAUCACUCUUGGCUCUCACCUCGGUAAUCAGGGGCUAUCGUGAAGAAAACCCAAAUAAAAGGCAAUUGUACUAAAGGUUAAAAACCUCUCACAGUUUGGACAGGCGCCUCCAUUCUCUCAGUUUCGGUGAUAUAUAUCCCACUUCUGUUUGGCCACUUUUUCAGUGUCUUCAUGAGAGUGGGUUACUGUUGAUCUCUUGUGGUGGGCUGGGGGGGUUUCAAGGGAAGGCACUCCACCCUUACCCAGGCCCCCUUGGCUGCAGAGCAUCGCUGUUGUGCCAAGAAUGUGCUGGGGUUUCUGGGUGGCGGCCAUAUUGGAAGCCUGUCUGACAGGUCCAUUGUGCGUGUGUCAGAUGGCCUCUGUGAUUGGGCAGUUGUGUCCAGUCACGUUUGGGCACCGUGUUUCGAUCGUCUGUGCUGGUGAGCAGACUGUCCAGUGGCUCUCUCCCACAGUUUGGAAAUACUACCCAAAACAGCACCUUUCCAACUUCGCCCAAAAGCUGCAAUCUGUUCAGUCUUGAUUUGAGAACUGAAAUAAAACUGUAUCACUGCAUCAAUGAGUGUCUACAGAUAUUUGCAUUAUUGUUUUUUUUUCUCAUUUUUCCAAACUCUUCUUUUCUUUCUCCGUCCUAUAGUCAAACUCCCGUAAUAUCCUACGAGUCGGGCUCCACUCUCUUGGCUCAGCACUGUGGGGUGAUGACCUGUGCUGCCGUGACAACCCCAGAAACGGCCACGCCCUCGCAACUUUCCUCUACGGACUGCGUGCUUUGCUUAGGUCAUCGCUAUCAGUCGCAGUAGUUACUGUGCCUUCACACCUUAUUCAGGUAAGACUUUGUCACAUUAGGAUAAUCAGGCACAUGUUGUGAGCACAAGCAUGUACUGAAGACGUAUAUCUACCAAACACUCCCUGUGUAGUACCAUUGAAACUCACUCUCCCGUGGAUAUUAAGGUUGGUUUUGCUAAUCCACAGCAGACAGUACUCUCAGUUGUGGGGGGUUAUUCCCAGCUGAUGGAAGCAUCAACCUCAUCAGCAGCUCGUCAAACUUGACAGUGGUCAACACAGGGACAUCUUUUCCAUCUUUAACAGUGGAGUUGUGUAAAAUCAUUUUCAGAUAAACAAGGAAUUAUGGGUAUUAUUUAAAGUCAUAACUGAUGAUUUUUACUUAAAAAUAUGAAGUUGUGUGCAUUUCCUUACUUUCAAAUCAAGAAAUGUCAGUUUGUGUGGAUAACCCCUUAACUUGAUUGUCUCUAACAUGACUUUGAAGUAGCACUGUCAACUCUUAAAAAAUCUAUUGUGAUUAAUCACAGUGUGGCAAACUCAUAUGUACUUAAAACUUUCUAGAACAAACCAUGUGCUACAUUAAAAUGCAAAGAAACCAGCAGCCUACCAAAUAAUCUUUAGGAUUUUGAUGGUGGUGUCUGGGGUGGAGAAUCAGUUAUCAAAUGGAGCCCUGGCCACUUAUUGGAUUCACCCCUGCUAGAGCCAAGAUCACCUGAGCCUGUCCUUCUCAUCGUGCACAAAACUUUGCAGUAUCAUGGAUGCAAAAACUGUUCUAGAGCAACAGAAGGUGCCUGUUUUCCAUCUAGCCUAGAUGCCCAAUAUCUCCUGUAGUGACAAUUUUAAAGUCAGAUUACUCCAUUAUGCCUAAUGCAUAAGGUAUGUCUCCACAUGCUGUGAACGACUCAAUCAGGAAUGAUUAUGCAGGGCUGUGAGAAGACAAAUGUCUCAUCUGUGAGUCCAUAAUGCGCUUCAUUGUCAGUUUUUUCACUUUAAUGAAAGAAGUUGUUCAAUUUGAUAAUCCACAAACUUGUAGAGAAGCAUUUUACAAAGUUGAAUAACUCGUCAUUGCAGAUGUCUGCUAGAUUGCUUUUUGCUGGUUGUCCACAAGUUCUGCAUUGUCUUUUUUGCCCUUCAGGACUACAUUGCUGUUCUUUGUCUUUAUUUAAUACAUUUCAGGCCAACUUUGGUACAUUUAAUCACAGGGGUUAAUGUCAGCACCCCUGCUUUUAACACAUUACACACAAGCAGGACGUUAGGAACAAAAGCAAGCAGUACCCUGCAUGAAGUAAAGAUUGAAAGAGAUUCACCACUUCUUGAUUGUAAAAUAUCAAAGAAUUAGCAGGUUUCUUAUCUAUAAGACAUUAUAUCAUCAGAAAAUCAGGAGAAACCGAAGAAAAAAAGGUUUGAAAUAAAUACUGAAUUACCUGAUCUUCAGACCCUCAGGCAGCUCCACAGCAAAAACAGGCAUGACUCUAAAUCACUACAUGGGCUCAAAAUCCCAUCUCAAAACCGCUGUUCGUGCACUAGGUUCAUCACUGCAUCCACAAAUGCAGGUUAAAACUGUACUUUGCAAAGAGGAAACUAUAUGUAAACAUGAUCCAAAAACCCCAGAGACUUCUCUGGACCCGGAACCUUCAUGACGGACUGGGGGAAAGUGGUAAACUGUGCUAUGGUCUGAUGAAUCAGAGUUUGAGAUUCUUUUUGUAAAUUGUAAGCUCUAUGCUCUCACGCUGAAGAGGAGAGGGACUUAUUACCAGCGCACAGUUCAAACACCAGCAUCCCUGAUGGUAUAGGGAUGCAUAGGAGUUCAGGAGUAUAUUUAGGAUUUGGAGCAACAUCUGCUGCCAUCUGACAAUGACUUUCUCAGGGAAGACCUUCAUAUUUCAGCAAGACAAUGACAAACCUAAUUCUACAUGUAUUACAACAGCAUGGUUCUGUUGUAGAAAAGACCUGCUGCUAAACUGGCCUGGCUGCAGUCCUAACCUAUCACCCUUUGAUAACAUUUGUAGCAUCAUAGCACAAAAAAUGUGACAAAAAACCUUUGAGCUGCUGUUCUUGAAGACUCCAAAAUCAGGCAACUGGACUGUGUAGAGUUGAGAAGACGUUUCGCCUCUUAUCCAAGAAGCUUCUUCUGCAGAACUGAAGAAGCUGAUUUUGGAGUCUUCAAGAAAACCAUGACCUGGAUGAAUGAGAAUCUACAUAGACACUUUGAGCUGCUGGAAUCUCAUUCAAUCAUGCAAGAAUGGGACAACAUUUCACUUUCUCAACCCCAGAAACUGAUCCUCUCGGUGCCUAAGUGCAAACAGAGUUGUUAAAACAAGGGUUUGAGGGAACCACUCCACUACCCUUGCAAUGUACAGUGUGUAUAUUUAACUGAACAGAACUGCACUGCUUGCAGCACAAUUUAUCUGACGGCAGUAACUUACUAGCAGUGACACUAUGAAUAACUUAUAAAUCUUCUCUAAUGCUAAUUUGACUGAGUUGAAAACAGAUAGUUAUUUUAAAUUGAGAUAUCUGUUACAGAUCCUUAAUAUUGAGGUUUUAAAAAGCACUAACUCUUCUGUUCUCACCUUGGUUCCCCCUCUGAGGUAUAAAUAAUCCGCUGAACUUGAAUUGACUCUAAUUUACACGUUAUGGACAGUUAGGAAUUUUUUGUGCCUGUGUUGAUGUUUGGCCAAUGUAUUCCUGCUUUGUCUUGUCCAAUAAGAGGGGACAAAGUUUGAACCCUUUUGUAGCGGGGCCUCCUCUUGACCCCGUGGUUCAGUGUCACCCUGGUAUGACUCAGGCUUGCGAGGGGCCUCUUCCUCCACGCAUCACUCCCCAAACAGACCCAGUUGAGUGCACACUUCAUUCAGAGGCCUCUAAAUCUAUUUGUUUGUUUGGGCUUUUAAUUACUUGAAGCUGUACACAAUGAGAGUGUGCGUGUGUUUGCAUUUUAUUCUCUUACAAAUAUCCCUCCUUGUAGCUGUGUGUGUGUGUGUCUCUGGCUGUGUUUGUGUGUGUGUGUGUUUGUGUGUGUGUUUGGGGGAUAUGAGUCCGCGUGCAUGCGUCUGUGUACAGUCUGGCCUCACAGUGUGAAGGUGGAGUCAUCUGCUGAGGCAUAUGGCAAACCACAGCCCCCCCUCCCAGACAGACGACCAAAGAAGCACACUGACCACAAAGCCUUUUGAGACCUUCUUCUAAAAUGUUUCAUCUCAGCCUCCUUUUAAUCGCUUUACUUUUUUAUGGUCUUCAUUCACAGAUACAGGAAAGUUUCAUUGUGUGUGAUCCUUCAGAAGAAGCUGUAGGUCGAUGCUUAACUUUCAGAACAGCUGGGUUGUCACAACAUGCUCUGGCUCCAAGCCUAUAUGCUCAGUGCACAGCGGCCUUGGCGUAGUCAAAAAAGGUAGAGUGGCUAACUAGCAGAUGUCAGCUGUGGUGGGAGCGGUCCCUAUGUCCCUCUCUGGCCUGGCCCCCAAACCCUUAAUCUGUCCCCUCCCCCCUCCCCGCCCUGGGGAGUGAAGUGAAUGAGCGAGGGGGAAGAAGAGAGAGGGGGGAAAAACUGGGACUGAGUCAGGUGUUUGGUGACUAAGCCAACAUGGCUGUAAUGAGAGGUGGUUGAGAAAGCCAUCCAUGAAAUGACCUUAUCAUUAGCUCCAAAUCAAAUCACGGCGUCUUAAGAGAGGAUACAAACUGAUCAGCUGUGGUGUGCAUUUCGCUCAUUUGAAGUGAAUGUUGUCAGUGUUUACAGUGUUUACAGUGUUUUGGCUCCCCUCUCUGUUGUUGCCUUUUCUUUGUUAAUUAAUUUAGUUAACGUGAGCUAACGUAGCCUUUGGAAGACCGUCUAGACUAGCAGCAAUGGGCUAGUUGUCCGAGAAAGCACCGGACUUCACAUCCAUUAUUGAGCAGCUUGGGAAGUUGAGCAACUCACUGAAAGCCUCCUCAGAGCAGCCCAGUGCCACAGUCCAUCUGAAACUUUAAUUAGGCUUGUCCUGGCUCGGCCCUCCUACAUCAUAAUACCUCCUGCAUCCCCAUAAGUAAACACACACACACACACACACAAACACAGAAUAUACUCCUCCCUAAAUAUAUCAGUGUAUAUCUUCACUGCUGCACGAAAUAAGUGGUUUCCCAACCUAUGCAAACACUUUGAUCCUGUGUUUGGUCUGCAGACUGUUGAAUACAUCUUAAUACAGGUUCUUUGUAAUAAUCCAUCAACCAUAGACACAAAUAUAUAACUGCAGCUAAACAUUAAUUCUCUUCACUCCUUUAGAUUGAGGACAAGAAAUCUAUCAAUAGCCUUUUUCUUUUUUAUUUAUCUACUUUGAUUACUUUAGAGAGGCUUGAAAACUUUUCCGUGCACAAAGUGACUCACCAAAGUAUUAAAUUUCCAAAAAUCUUGUCUUUCUGACAAUUGAAGGAAAAGAAAAGCAGCUGAUGUCAUUUGUUAUCUGACCAACAUAAUGACAAGAUUUGACUGUUUAUCAAUGACAGCCAUAAACAGCAUUUUCACUGAUUGAAAACCGCCACAUUUAUGUCCUGCUCAUCUGCUGUUAAUUGUUUUACUUAAUAGUUAAUUGCAAAAUUUCAACAAUAGCUUUCCCUACAGAUUAUCUUUCAGUCGUCUGAAGAAUUCAACUAUUUAUAAAAUCAGGGCAUCCCACUUUAUCAUCAUCAUGGCUAUUUUAGCUGUUUGAUUUUUUUAUGUGACUGUGUGUUUCUAGAGUAAAUAAGGUUUUCAGAAGAGCUUCAUCUCAUUUUCACCUCUACAAUUAAAGUAUGUUUAUUUUUUCUCAUAUAUGGACUUUACUCUUCUCCUUCAGGGUUAUGUACUAAACUUUUGUGCAGAUUAUGCUCACAUGGUGAUAUGGAUUUUUAAAAGUAGUGAAACCAUGAACAGCUCCACGUCAUGUAGCCAAACAACUACAGGGUGCAUUAAUAUCUGCGAACUUCAAGGAGCCAUGGUUUGUUUCAGAUAAAUUCUGUGUAGGAUGUUCACUUGGCUCUCAUUGUGACCUCACAUUAGGUGAUGGUCAGCUGAUUCCUGUGGUGUUCAGAGGAUUUACAGUGAUGAAAUCUGAGCUAAUUGAGCCAGCAUGGACUUUCUUGAUGAACUGAGGCGACUCUUUGUUUGAGUGUCCUCUCAAUAAUGUAUAAGAUCUCUCAUCAGAUGUACAGUUGAGUUGAGUGUUCUCCUGAUCACCCCCUUAAACUUGGUGGCUUUGCAGCACAUGCAUGUUUCACUGUUGUUAUUUGGCCCCUCAGACCGUACAUUCAAGCUACCCUGUGUGGACACUUUGGAUUCCUCCAACUUUGAAACUUCUCUGUCUUUGGCAAGGAUCCUGGUCUUUGUAUUGAAAUAAGCAAAGAAAGUUGUAAUGGCCCACACAGAUGAGUACAGAUAAAGUUUCAACUGACCCUCUCGCUGGCACAGACGCUAUUGGCCAUAUCGUGCCAUCAGUGUUUUGAAUAAUUUGUCGUAUCCAAACUCUUACACUGCUUUAAUUGCUGCAUUAGCGUGACCUCAGAUAGCCUGAAAGUGCCGGUGGCUCUGGCUGGUGGGAUAUGCAUACUUUAAAAGUAGGACAAAAAUGAAAAGGAAGAAGAAAGAGUGGGGAAAAGACAUGAAGGCAUGAAAACUGCAUUAGGCGGUGGCAGCCAACACAGAGAGGAGGAUGUGAAUGAUUCAGGAGGCAAAGAGAUUAAUAAUGCAGGACUCCCUCUUUCCCUCCAUCCCAGUGUCCCUCUCUCUCUCUUUCCUUCCCUACCUUCCGCUUCCCUCAACCUCUGCUUCCAGCCUUUUGUAUGUUUCUCCUUCAUUCUUUCGAUCUACUGUAUUCACCCCUGAUUUGUCCUCUCUGUUAUCAAGUCAUUGACCUAACCAGUAGGGGGAGCUCUCCACAUCAGACCACUGUAGUUCUGUUCUUCUCAGUCCUCCCCUGCUGUGUACAGGUCUGAGAGCGCAUCAACUUAGAGUUUUUUUCUUAAAUAAAAUAGUAGUUUGUUCAAAUAAAACAAUGUCAGAGUGCAGCUUCUUUCUUUAGUCACGCAUCUUUUGUAAGGUGUAUGUCCGCUUUAUGGCCCUGACAUCACCUGUGUGACCCCUAUCAGUGCUCUUUCCCCUCACACCUCAUAACCCUCACCUAAGCCAGGGGCACAAAUGACCUGGCCACAGGAAAUGAUGACCUAAAUUAAUUGCAACACUGAUGGCCCGUCAGGAGGCUUUUAAUUACCUGCUCAUGUUUCUCCCCCCCCCCCCCCUCCCUCCCUCUCUCCCCUCUCUCUCCCCCACUCUGGGUCUUACAGGACAGAGCUCUAAUGGGCAGCAUAACCAGGCUAUGUGACAAUGCCAUCGCCCUGGAAUCAUUCAAAGGCUCUGAGAGAGAGACCAACCCACUCUACAAAGAUUACCAUGGUAAGAACACACACACUCGCUUAUCUUUCUGUCUCUUUUCCAACAAAUACACACACACAUAUACACACUCACACACACACAUACACAGGCAGUGCAUUAAGGCUGGGGCUGGGCUGUGGAUGGAGGCAGGGCAGCCCCCUUGCAGGCCAGGCUGUCAGUGCGCGUUAGUGUGCUGCUGCUCAAUCAGACGUGCUCCUCAGUAGACAGGCCGGGGGGGAUUCAGCUGCCACGCUGUACCCCCUCUCCCUCGCACCCUCACCCGCCUCCAUCCCUGCCUCCUCCCCCCCUCCAGCAGAGCCUCUCUCCUCUCUCCCUCUCGCCUCGCCCCCUCUCCAUCCCCAGUCCCAUACCCCUGAGGCUCUGGAGCAGAGCAGACCAACGCAGGGGAAUCGAUAUUCUCACCAUCACUCUCUCUUCCUCUCUGCCUCCAUCUCUCCAUCCCUCGCUCAAUGUCUCCAUGGCCAGCAUGCUUUGCUAAUAAAUGGAGGGCAAGGCUUGCACUAGGGGAAGAGGACACCGGUAAGGGACGAUGGGAGAGUUGGAAACGAAAGAAGUGGAGGAGGAGGAGGAGGAGGAGGAGGAGGGGUGGCCAACAUAGUUUGUCCCUGCUCUUCUAGUCCCCUCCACCACUUUUCCUCCACCAUUCUUCCCUUCUCUUAUUUGCUUCCCUCUUUCUAUCACUCUAUCACACUCUUCACGCAUAAAGGUCAGUUUAAGCGAGUGGGGUAUUUUUAGCCAUGCCUCUCGAAACUCUCCCACUCACUCUUGUGCUUUUCCUCUCAUUCCCCCCUUCCCCCCUCUCCGGGUUAGACAGCCCUGGUUGUGACAGAUGAAGAGAUGAGGAGUAAAAACAUUCAAUGGCAGAAUUUGGUUUCAUGUGACACCAUGUUUUAUUUAGAUUACACAUCCCAUACAUAUCAGAUUCCUCUGCAUUGUUAACCCGGGAAGCUCAUAAGCCCAUUCAACCUGCCAGUGUUGGAGUGCGUCAUUUUUUUAAAGAGUUUUGUAUUUCAAAAAUGUUCCUCGCGCUAUUUGCAAUUAAUAUUUUUUGAAUUUCUUGUUGGUGAAUAUAUUUGCCCUCUGUUUAACCAGCCAGAGAAAUUCUGGUCGGAUUAUGAAAUACAUUUAUGUGCAUGAUUGUUUUGAUGUGUGUUCAUGAGUGCAAACGCAUCUGGUGUGAGAGUGCGCGCGGACGCGCGUGCGUGCAUGUUUGCGGCAGCAGUUCAGGGCUGCUCAAAGCAUGCUGGGAAACCUGUCACUGCAAAUCAGGCGAGGGGAAAUCACCCAAGUGCACAGAGAAGAGAACCCACCAUCCCCCACUUUCUCUGUCUGUCUCCCUUUCUCCAUUACCCCCUCGAUCUCUUCUUUUCCCUCUCACGCCCAGCUAUACCAGCCUACUUUACCGUACUUUUAUAAAAAUGUAACUUUGUGGUGAGAGCAGAAUGAAGAAGAGUAACAAAUAGCCCUCAGCGUCCCCGUAUCCUCUGCAGGAAUCCCUUGCUUGUGUAUUUGCUUUCCGUCGCUCAUGCUCCUAUGUGUCCUUUAAUUGGCAAAUAUCCUUUACAGUAGCCACAUGCUCCAGCCUGUGGGGAGGAAAGAGAAGAGUAGGGACGCUGAGAUGGGAAUAUUAAUAAAUACCAAAUGACCUGCAGUUUCUCUAGCAGUUUCCUCAUACUGAAAGUGAUUCAUUAUAUUUGCUUUAAAACUCUCAUUUUUGUAGUUCCUGUCAGUGGAGUUAAGUGUAAAUAUGUUACUUAGUGAAAACAGAAGUGUGGAAAAGAGAGGUAUUUCUUGUGUUAACUCAGUUAAGUUUCCUUUAAUUUUAGUUUCCAGAUUUAAUUUAAUUGCAUAAUCUAAACAGAAUAUAAACUCAAUGUAAGCAUAACAUUUGUAGAUUUUUAUUUGAGAGAUUCAACUUCCUUUGACCAACACAGAUAGUCUAUGAAUGUACAAAAACCUGGAUGACGUUUUGAAGGACUUUUUUGCAAUAUUUGUACUGAAACAUCCCCUCAAGACACAGACAUUUUGAACAAACAACGAAAAAAUUGUGCAACUGUGUGAAAAAUGUACAAUGCACAGACAGAAGUAAGCAAUAAAUCUCCAACAACAGGUGUGUUGAGCCGUAAAAUGUAAGUUAAUUUCUCAAAGAUGUCUUAAGCAAUUUUUUUCUGACUUUAACAUGUUUUAUUUUGACAAAAGCGCUCUUCACUAAGGUGUCCAAUUAAAGAGAAAUGUUUGUUUUUGAGAAAGCACACAUAUUCCUAUUAGCGUCUUUACGGCUUAUAAUAAAAGUAGCAGAAGACCUUGCAUAUGCAUGUACUCAGACUGUUUUUUUAGCCUACCGGUAUUUAUUUUUCAUCUGCUCUCUGUGUUUUGCAGGCCUGCUACAUGUACGCCAAAUACCUCAGCUGAACUGUCUGGCGAGUAAACUCCCCGACCAUAAGGACCUGGCCUUUAAGCUGAAGAGAAAGCAGUUCACGAUUGAGGUAUGUUGUCUAUUUUACUUGGCAUAAACAAAACCCAGCACUCAGUAGUUGAGGCCUCCCCUUUAAUUAUUGAUGCUGUCUCCUAGAUGAAUUAUUUUGUUGUAUUUGGGUUGCCCCAGUUUAUUCCUGUAAUUUAUUUUCAUAACUUUUUAGGCCAAACCCUAAAACAGUGGCUGUGUUUAGAUACAGGGCAAUCAUAAAUUAAAGAGAAGAGUUUCCUGUGGUACAGGUCAUCACACUCACAGUGGUGUUGAACUGAAGUGCUGAUGAUAAUGAGAAGUCUUUCUUUUAGCUUCAAUCUGUCAGCUUAUGUUUACUUUUUUACUUUAGUUUUUUAUCGGGUGUUAAAAUCAAAGGUGAAGUUAUUGAUUAUACACUGCUGCUGCCACACUUGGUCUGCUGCAAUGUCAAAAGACAUCAGAGGGGAAGAAAGAGAAAGUGUACUCAUAAAUAUGCAAUGAGUAAAAUACCAGUGGCAAUAUAUGUUUUGCAUUUUUAUCGUAAAGAGGAUAAACAAGUCUCUGUCCAUCCACUGUAAACAAAAUCAAGCAACUACAACAAACAGGGUAACGUGAGCACAAACAUUUUGGCCACAAUAGCUCUCAGAGGGGACAGGCUCUGUACAGGAGGUGCUGCCUACUUUGUCUGGCAGGUUGUUGUUUAUUCACUCCCAAGCUAGCAGCUGACGCUUUGUAGGAAAAAGAGCAGUACAGGUCAGAAUUACCUUCCUUUGGACCACAGAAGGGUUAAGGGUGUGCUGAGGUAAAGAUAGGUGCAGUAACAAUGACCAGAAAUUCACAUUGAUUUAUUUUGCAUUGCUCCAUAUACUGUAUGUAACUCCAAAAUAUGAUUGUAAGCACUUUUACAUGUUUGUGUAUUAUACCCCUGAACAUGUGAAGGGACUGCAGCUGUAGGAUGUUGGGUCUUGAAGCCUUUAUGUCUGGCUAUUGGUGACCUCAUCCCAGUCAGCUUCCUAAAUAAGUCCUCCAUUUACCAAAGGAGCAUUGUUCACUUUUCCUUAACUGUGUAGACAUUUCUACUCUUGUACUAAAUUGGCAAACUUGUGGCCUUGAAACUUAUCUUAGUGUUGUCUCUGUCAGGGCUGCUAUGCAUUUGGCAGCCUAAAGGAGGAAUAUGUGGAGUUUGUUUGGUCUACAGAAAAACCAUCAAAGUUUUCUAAAACAAAACAUAAAAAAAUCAUGAAAGCUGGACUUCAGACUUCUCAGGGCAAUAAAAUACGAUUUCACAUUUUCCUUCAUUAAUACUGAUUAUUAGCUAAUAAAGCGCAAAUAUGUUCAAAACAAAUCAGUUUAGCUGCGUAAUUCUUCGUUUGUGUGGAAUAUCAAUAGAUCCGUUCUCUAAAUCUAAAAUUGUAAUCUUCUUGUCAAGAUGCCUCAGAUCCUAAACUCCUUUUUCUUGGCUCUGUUCAGUCUUUAAAUUACACACAUCAUCAUGGACCAGAUGCCUCCUUCAACAAGCUCAAAAUUAAACAGAAAACAACACAUUCUGGCUCUAGUUUUCUUCUUCUGAGUUUUUCAAAAUAUUUCUGUAUUUGAAAUUUAAUGAACAAAUGACAACAUCCGGUUGGCCUAUCACCUAUCCAACAACCAAUCAAAUAGCAGUGGGGCAACAGGCAAUCAGUCCCACUUGGCAUGGACUUUGUGCCAUUCAGUGUUAUUGCCAAAGGCUUUGGGCAUGCGUAAUGCUGUUUCUUCUCACCCGGGGUACUUAACAUCACAGACAAUGUGUUAUAACAACAAAGCUGCUUCCAAUGCCAAGUGCACCUGAAAACACUUCAUUAAAACAGUUUCCUGCUGACUUCCUUAUACACUAAUGGUUAAUACCUGCACUUAUCUCUAACUAGUUUGUAUAAAUUUAUCCAAAAUUUGUCAUUGAAGGUUGUUAGUUCACCUAAAAACCCUUUUUUAUGCUGUUUUAUUCGAAGUCUAUUUCAGGAAGACUUUGCUGUUUUUUUCUGCGACACAUUAGAGCCAGGUGUGAUGGAUGAGUAUUUAAAUGAAGUGUUUUCUCUGUAUUAAUCGAACAUGUAAUAUUUUGCUUCCGAGCCGUACAGCUUUUGGUUUGCUUGACCUUGUAACGCCUGCAGAGUAUGACAUAUAGACAACACAGCCUUUCCAUUUCUUCCGUCAUCUUGAUGAAUGAUUCCUCUACUUCUAAUGCUUUCUCUUCCUGUCAUGGACGAAUCCAUUUUGCAUGUGUCACAUCAUGAUUCUCACUCAGAGCAAUCAAUCUGUCACUGAACUACCACUCAGGAGACAAAUUAAGGGGCCCUCCUCUUAGCUCAGCCUCAUGAUUGGUCCUCAUUACAUUAUCAUUACCUUAUCACACCCUCUGGGCCCUGGCUCUUAGUGAGUCCUAUUGUUUCAGGCAGGAGGUGAAGGGGAGGAGAGGAAUGCCCCCACUCCCUCCCCCCAAACCCCCCUCUACAUCCUACGGUCAGCCUCUUCUCAUUUGCUGCCAGUCUUUGCCAUCUUUCUAACCCUAACUCCUGCCUGCAUUUGCCCACUCCUCCUCCUUCCUCUGACCCCCUGAAUGGGCCACUCAAGUAGAGAUUUAUUAGGUCCGUAAAAGUCAAGGUGGUUAUCCUCAGUGUUCUUUUAAUUAGGCCCCUGUAUUUGGCAGGGCAGGGGGCCGAGACCUGGAGCAUCUCUGUAGCUCUGUGGGGCCUAAAUACUGUGUCACAUAUCCCAGCAGCGCAUUGUAAAGACUGAGCUUUGUCUGCCUUGCUUGUUAAAAGGCUUUAUUUGUCUAUUUCUUUUAUGUUGUCGUUGUCUUUGUGCAGUAAUCAUGCCUUUGCAUUACUUUCUCACACAUACCAUUAAAAGAAAGCUCGUGUCAAACUCUGAGAGGGAUGGAUUGCCAAGGUAAGACAGCACAAAUGAAACGUCAAUCACCGACUUUGUCAUGACAGUUUUAUAUGUGUCAGGGAAUUUCCCAGAGAACAUUGUAUCGUAUCACCAGUCAAGCAUCAAAUCAAUCAAAACACAGAUUAGUCAUGUUAGAUGGUGUUAUGCUCUUGUGUUCUCUGAAACUUUGAUUGGCUGUCAUUAAUUUGCACACCACCUCAGGUGUCUCGAAGGCGUGAGUGCAGCUUGGCUCUUUGUUCCUCCUUGCAGAGGCAUCGAUACAUACAAACACACCUGAGUAUGAGAUGCACGCAGCUGUACCGUUGUACCGACUUCUGCGUGGCUCUGUGUUUGACCUGCUGGCCGUCUGCCCUGGUGGGCCGCUGAUUGACACAUGAGAUGGUGAUUGGAUUCUUAGAGCUGUGUCUGGAGUGUGACAGCUCACACCAUCCCUGCUAAUCACCUCAUUUACUCAAGCUACAGGACUCCUCCGCCUCAGGCCACGUAACGCAGCAUUCUCUUACUCAGUUGUGGUGUUCAGGAUAUCAUAGUCGUGAUAAGCUUAUCCCCUGCUGCUGCACUUAUUUGAACUUUUGACUCCCUUUCCGUACAUUUAAAAUUCAGCGUAUCUUGCCACGCACUGUGUAUCAUCUAUCAGGAUUAAUUCGUGAUGCGGUUGCGGUGACUGACAGGUGAUUGACAGCGCCAACUCCUCACCAGUUGGGUCAAGCAGCGACACGUCACCUGAACAGUGCACAGAGUCACGCUCGGUAAUACAUUUCUUAACCGCUGUGUGAGUCAGGCUGGUAUCACCUAGCGCCCCAGGAACGCGGAAAAAAACAUUUGUUGUGCCGGCACACAGAGUUCAGUUGUUUAUGAUAAUUGAAUUCUCUUAAUUGGAGGUUGUAGUCCAUUAAUUCCCAACCCCUCACUCAACACCGUCAUCAAGGUUCUGUUGGUUCUGUGAUAAGGUUACCACGGCAACAGUUGACAUCUCAGAGAGUUCAAGCUACGGUUGAUGAGCAGUUAUUAGCCACGACGCCUGAAGCCAGAAUUAACCCAUGGCCCUGUCUGAGCAGGUAGGGGAGCGUUAGGUGUUUAGACAAGAUUAACACAUACUCAUAGACACACACACAAACAUUGCACGCCCCCACACACAGAUAUUGACAUUCAUGCAGCAGCGCAAGAGCAUUCUUAUCCACAAACUCACGCAUGCACACAUGUAACACGCAAUGUGUGUGAGAAUUCCCUCGCUCACUUGGAUGAGGCCGACACGGGCUCUUGUCACCAGUUUCACAAUGCAGGAUGCUUUGAGGUUGAGGCUCUGAAGAAUGCAGAUGGUACGCAAUUACACUCUGCUUACCUCUGUUUGACCCUUUAAACUGACAGGCAAUGUGCCUGUGGGGUACCGGGGUGCCAGAGGCAGGUCAGAGGGUCAAAUACAGUAUAAGACGGGGAUUUGUGUCAAAUUAGUCUCUUCUUAGAGAGGUUGUAUGGAGGUGUCUGUUGCGCUGAUGAGCCCUGUCACCUGGAUGGCUGAGCAGUCUGUACAUACGUGUUAGCUUUAAGGAAAAGUGAAGUUUGAGAGCUUUAGUUUCAUGAUAAUGGUUUUCGUGUUUUUCCUACGAUAUUUCAAAAAACUCAUGGUAGAGAGUCAGUGAGGGAUGAUUAAGGAGCAGCAGGUUGACCAAUGAUUGAAGUCCUGAGACCAAAUUUAGAGGUAAUUCUUCACCUCAUGUCUCAUUGGUGAAUGAUGUCGUUAUGGUAACUCACAGUUUCUGAAUACUAUCAAUGUAGGUCAAACUAAUAUUCAUGUCAGAAUCCCAAAUGAAAAAUUAUUGUUUUUGAAGACUUUUUUUUUUCUUUCAUUUCUGGGCUACAGCCAAAUUAUCUCUGUCAUUGAUAACUCUGUGUUUUCUUGAUGGAUUUUGUCCAAAACCCCCAGCCCCUUCGUCUACUAUCACAAAUAAAUAAUUAAAACCUCCAAUAUCUGCAUUUGUUCACAUGCACAUUUUUGUCAUAUCUGCUUAACAAUGACUAAAAUAAUGAAUUUCCAACAUUUAACUGACUAUUAUUCUCUCUUCAAUUAAAACAUUGCAGCUCUGGUUAAAAAAGACUGAAACACUGGCCGCAUUUUUAUUUGUCUUUUUUCCUCCAGUUCUGUUCACACUCACAUACCUUAGCUGCUCUCCUUUUAUUUACACACUGUCACCAGCCCCACUCUUUCUCUCAUCUGUGUGUCUCUGACCUUUUUAACAGUAAUUAUCAGCAGCUUGGUUUAUACACACCCAAACAACUUUGGUUUUACUCCAAGUUAGGUUAUCACAACAGGUGGUCUGGAUAUGGAUAAGACUUGUCAAUGGUAAUGAAAACUAAAAGAGUGUAUCAUGAUUUCACAGCAGACAGCUGCACAUAACUUUUGAAAAUAUAGUUUGAGAAUAGGGCUUGGCAAUAUGGCCUCAAAUCAAUAUCAUGAUAUAUUGAGCAGUUCACUUCAAUAACGAUAAAUGGAAGAUAACUACUCCACAAGCUGCUCACCCCCUCCUACAUUAACUUUGUCGACUUCAGCCGCUGCUCCAGCUGCUACAACUUUUGAACCGCUCUUCAUCUUCUCACGUGUCUUUCCCUUUUUGUUAUGGACUGGAUGGGGUGGAGUCAUGUCUGACGUAGGACAGCGUCUUAAAGGGACAUGAGACCAUAGCCUACCUACACACAUCCAAAACCAACAUUUAUUUAUUUAUUUAUUUGGCACUGAAUAUAUUGACAUGGGCCCUAUUUGGCUAUUGUAUCUUCAGUAUAGUGCAGAGACCAUAAGAGCUGGUCUACAUUGCUGAUUUCAGAUGUGAUCAUUUAUGGACAAAAAAAGUGAAGAGAUCUGAGAUGCACUGAUUGUUAAUAUCAGGGCUGAUAUGAUACCAGUGUUUAAAACAACAGUUUAGCUGACAGUCAGUAGUCAGUACAAAAGUUUUUUGGCAUUACUUCUUUGUAGCCAGUUGGCAUACUUAGUUGCCAAAAAACACACUGGAGGCAGCCCGCCCAGGUAUCGUCUAUGUGUGGGAAACACUUUUUAAUCUGACUCAGCUUUUUGCCAAAAGGCCACAUCCCUUAUCCCACAGGGCACUGAUCUUGGGCAUGACUGCAAAGACUGUUUUAAAAAUUCCCUUAUUGUAUUACUAGCUGCCAUGUAGAGUUUUGGAAUCUGACUGAUCAAACUGGACCCCUAAACUUUCUUUUAUCAUCCCCCUUGGAUCUGAGACAACCAACUUUCAUUUCAAAUAUACAUCUUGACUCAUCUCAUGAACUUCCGUCCCACAAUGCAGAAACUUGGACUCAGCUCUCUCUGUAAAUUUUUAAGCUAAAUGGAGGGGAAGCCAAGAGGGUGCAGAAAAAGGGUUUAGAGAUGGAAAUGGUACGAAGGAGAUGACGACUUGAGGAGAAAAGGAAGCUGAACUGAAAGAGUCCGAGGGAGGUGUGUAGAGUAGGUUAAUGUUUCUUGGCAUGUCCUCAAAACGUCUUUAAGACAUCGCCAGUGUCUGCCCCCUGUUGAAGCCUGUGGGUGCCGAGGGAAGGGUGUUAAUGGACCUAUGUGAGGAACAGAGCGAAGGCUUGGAGAGGAGGGGGGAGGCAUGAGCUGAGAGGAGCAGUUAAGUGAUUCUCAGGUCAGGUCUAAUUAAAAUGAGGCCUUUUCCUCAGAGGCACCAAACCGUCUUAUUGAGAGAGAAAUAAAAAGGGAGGAGAGGAAAGAAUCGUAGAAAGCAGAAUGGGUUAGACAGAGAGCCAGUCCUCAGGGCUUGUUUGUGUACUUGUUUAUAUGUGUUUUUGUACUUCAUGCCUGGUCCUAUAUCUGCUUCCCCAUGUCUUAAAUAAUGCUUAGUACCAAAGAUCAGAGAACAGCCAAUGUUAUAAGAACUCGCAUGGAGAGAGAACUGGACUGGGUCAUUUAAUAUUUACUUCCAUUAGUAGAUUAAAAUGACUAUGUACAGGCUGAGAGUCCACUAAAUACGAACAAUAGGCUCUCUGCAUAUCCUGAACCUUUUAGGGACUUACAAAAAAUUCUUAGCUUCUCUGUAAAACCGCCUCUGAUUCCUACAUCUGUCUUGGGAAUCACAAUCAGAUGGGAAUGGACCUCUGCAAUAAUAUUCCAAUUGAAUAAUUUAUACUUCCUCCCUCAGUGCACACCAGCCUCUGUCGCAUUUUGGAAUGAGGUGUGCUUAUGGUUGGUGCGUGUAUGAGAAAGAGAGAGAAAGAGAGAGCUUGGUGCAGGCCAGCCGGUGGCACGCGAUCGGACCCCUCAGCAUAACAAUAUUCACCACAUACAUCAGAUUUGCAUCAAUUAUUUAACAAGUAUUUUAUCUAUUCCGCGAAUGUGCAUGUGUGUUUGAAAAGGGCCAGCUUGUAAGGUCUCUGUGCUGAGUCUUGGGUGUGUGGUAGGGACGCUAACGUGUGCAUGUUUUAAGGUUUGUUUGUUGUGGUGCCUGCAAGGUGGGACAUUCAGGUUUUUCCUGGAAGCCUUAAAACCCCUGAGGUGUUUUCAGUUGCGCAUGAAACAGACUUAAACUUAAACUGAUGUGCCUGUAUGAGGACUACAUAAGCUACAGAUCAAAUAAGACCAUCAGUGGAAAUUUGUGUUCUUUAUGUCUAAAAUAGCAGCUUAUACUCAAGACACAGUUGGAUUUUUUUUUUCUACAUUUUCCAUGGCAAAGGAUUCAGCAUGUGACUCAUUUUACUGUUAAAAAAAGCAGGAUGAGAGUUUGUCUAAAAACAUGUACAGAGCAAGAUCAGCAAAAGGACUUAUUCACAGAGGACACCAAAAUCUACAUCCAGGGUCUUCAGUUUUUUUUUUGACGACACAGAUCAGACAGCAACUGUCAUAAUUUUAAGGGAAGAACUAUUACACACCUUGUUGCAGUCCUCUCAUACUAUCAUGGGAGGAUAAACUAAAUACAGUAAAAGCACAAUACUAUGCUACAGAAAAUGCUCAAUGACCAAAACUUUAAUCGGUGUGAGUCAUGAGUCCGCUUCCCUGAACUAAGGUGGCUGUGCCAUGAGGUUAUACGUUUGAGUGACAGGUGCAGCCUGUUUCUAUAUUUAGUCUGCUGCAGAGUGAUAAAAACCAUUUUUAUGAAACUGCGGUCUGUUCUUUUUUUCAGUUGAAUUCAGCUUUUUUUUUCCUCUCGGUGUCUGAUAUCCUCACUGUCUGUGGGCCUUUUUUCAGCACCACCCUAUUGAGAAUAAUUCUUAUAAUCUGUGUCGUCAUGUUAUCUCCCAGUAACUAAAAGUGACCUCUCACCCUGCAUGUGCAGCUGUGAUCCACUUUGACCUUUGAGGCAAUGGGUUCAUGGUGGAUGACUUAAUAUGAAACCAAACUUUCAAUUCAUAUUGGAGAUAGACUGAUCAAUCAGUUUGCUGAUAAACACAUUCACACAAAUUUACACAUUUUACCCAUACCCAAUGACAACUCACCUAAUCUAAACAUGAAAGUCUUUUUUAAACUUUAACUAAAAUAUGUACAGCUUUUCGUUGCUCAUUUGUUAGUGUCACUAACUACUUUGUCAGUGUUAUAUUAGCACUGUUAAUUGGCCAUUCGCAGACCUGCUUUCACAACAUCAGUAUCUGCUUCGAUGGUUUAAAACACUAAUCCAUAGACCAAUAAUUCCCAAUCCAUUCAAAUCAUUGGCCCAGUUAUUUAUUACAGUUCACAUUAAGCUAAACAUUAAGCCAUGGUGAACAAGAUGUCUGCAGGCAUAUCUGUCUCUUCUUCUCUGAUCUUUGGAGUUGACACACCUUCAAACAUACAGGCCACAACGCUGACAACUUUUAACAUUUUUGCUACAAUUACUACUGCUUCUUGUAUAUGUCAUUUGGUCGGCAACUUGACGAUGUUCUCACCAGCUCUGUCAUCAUCAGGAUUGCAAGGCAGGCUCUUGCUCCGUUGACCCCCUAUCAGAGAUAGUUUGAACUUGCUGUCAUUACUUCUGAGAGAGUCAGCCCAAGAUGGAAACCCACAUUUUUUCCACAGUGUCAUCAGGUUGAGGCGAAAUAUGGAAUUAAGCACUGUUGUUAUGAGGUUUUGACCAAUCAGAAUAAAGUACCCUACAGCUGGGUGAUACAGAAAUUAAAAGUUCCAUGUAGGAGCUCUGCCAAAUACUUCUUUAAGAGUCUCCUAAAGUCAGAAAUUCAAACCCAGUUUCCAGUUCAAAAUGUCGAGAAACUAGUCAUUGUAAGCUUUUUUAGAGUCUGACCUAAAGAGGAGGAUUAACUUGUCCCAAGUCCUGACAAAGUCAGGUUUCAGAGAUCAUUAAAGACCCUGGUAAAAGUAAUCCCCCAUGAGUUUUAUUUUCAUCAAACACCCUGGGAGAAGGAGCGUACUCACUGAAGUUAGGUCAAAGCUCAGCCAGAGAAUAUCUGGGACUUUGCCAAAUGUGCUGCCCUCUAUACCAUAUCAACACAACGCCGAAACAUUUCUCACAAACAGGCAGCAAUAAAGGCAAACAAAACAGGGCAUAUGUGCUCCUCCUGCCACACUGAGUAAGAGUGCAGACUGCCUGAACUCGCCCUGGAAGUGAAGCUGUUUCAUCAGUGAGCAGUGAACCCUUAACAUAGUCCAUGCACCACUCAGCCCCCAUCAGACCAGACGGGCCACACUGGACUCAGACCUGAUUAAAGUAGCCCUCGUUGUCUUCAGCUCCCAUUAGAGUGAGAGAGGAGGCUGUAACAUGCAUUCCUCUCUCCGUCCAUGGGGUCUUAUGGCACUAUAGGGUAUGUGUAAGAGUGGUCAGAGAGGGUUCACUAUUAGCAUAAUGGUAGUGACUGGGGAACCAUAGGCCCCCUGGUGCUUAUAAACUGGGUCUUCACUGAUUCUUUGGUGUCUGCCUCAUUUUAUUGUUAUCUACAAGGCUUUAAAGGGACAGUGCGUAUUCUUGCCUUAGGUCCAUGAACUUUUGUACAAGUCAUGAAAACUGUUUGCAGGAGUGGUAAAUGUGUUGACUUAAAAUCCUCACAAACCCUUUGCUGCUUUUUCUCACAGUCGAGCAGGAUUACUAGUUCACCAUUUUCCCCCGGUUCUGGGAUAUGUACACCCAAAACUUAGGCUUGGUUAUUAAUACAAUGAACAAUCUGGAAAUGUAGUCAUCAAAUCAACCUUAACUUUUAUUGUGUUUUCAACUGGAUAUAAGAUAGUCUCCUUUCAAUACUAAUACCUGCUGACAGUUAGCUUUGUCUAAACUUUUACUCCCAUUAUCUGCCGAUGGGCAAUUAGGAUUAUUACAGCACACUGACCAAAGGGCCUCUUCACUGUUUUCUACUGUUCUGGUUUGUAGCAAGUAUUGUGGUUCAGUUUAUGGGAAAGAGGGAGAAAUUAUCACCAUGUGUAAUGACAAUAUAUCUAUAGAGAAUCAAAGACUGUGAGACAACUGGCUUGUAUCAAAGCUUUCUUGUUGGACUUGCUACUUAGCCUUGUUUUGCUCUUGGCUUAGUAUUAGUAGGAGUCAUUGGCUGUAUAUAGAUUAGACAAUGCGCUUUCAAUCCUGCUUAUUGUGAGAUCUAAAGCCAAAGUACCACCCUGAUGAGUGCUGACAUACUCUGCUUAAGGCAUGCACAGAAGUGCAUCAUACUCCUCAUAAACUCAAACUCACUGAACAGCAGAGCAGACGCCUUUUAGUUAGUUUGAAGCAGAGAGUAAUGCUAAAGGAAAGUUCAGUGGUUCUUGUUUCACUGUACAUUAUAUUUUCUCUUACCAUACCUCUAAUAGGUUAAAGACAGCCACAGGAAACUGUAUAUGUCAGCAGAUUCAGCCAAUCAUCCUUUUAAGAUUAAAUGAUGAAUCUUAACUGAGAGUUGAAAAAUCUGUACUCCAGAUGCACAACGAUAGUCAGUCAGCACGGAGAUCACCUGGUCACACACGUGAACAAUGUGAACAAACUGAUCACGAUGGUGCGCGGCAACCCUGAGCUAUAGGAUACAACUUUUUUUAGAAAACAAGAUCACUGUGAGAAAAGUGAGUGAGGAGGUCAGAUUGUCUGAUGAGUUGUAAACCAUGACAGAUCCUCACUGUGUAGUAAUCAAAUUAGUUUUAUAGGUUAACAAUGUACUAAAUGGUAAAGUAGAGGAGGCGGGUUUAGGAACCACUGCUGCCAGUCACCAAGGGGAGCUUUAUUGAAGUUAUAGCUUCAACUGGACAUCUACUGGUGUGUCAACUUUAUGUAUGGUUAGUGAAGACAAAACAUCACUAGGAAUAUCUGUAACUAUACGAGUAAGUGUUGCAGAGUACAUGAAUAUGCAAGGCUCAGAUUUAACAAAGUGUGUGACAAUGUAAAAAUUAGUCCAAUCAUCACCUUCAUCAUCAACUUAGUUAAAAAAAAAAACACCUUAACCUGAUCAAAACCUUGAUAUCAUCCUGCACACUACCUUUGUAAAUAGUUACCACCAACAUCAGCAAAAAACAAAAGCCCUGAAUGAUGCUUUUGUAUGAAAUACAUCAAGUAAAACCAUACAUAUGUGAUUAAAUUAAAGUGUACUUCUGUAUUUGCAGCCAUUUUAGUUUUUUAAAAAGCUUAAUUGUUCUUUCCAAGAGUCCAAACAGUCGAGGCUUCAGUUCAUGCUCUUAACAAAGUCCACUCUGAAACUGUCCUGACAAAUAUUGAUAUUAUCACUGAGAAUGAUUAUAAUAAGAGCUGUAAAGAUGUAGCUGCUGUGAUUCUUAAUCUAAAGAAGUCUGAAUGAGACAGCCCCCUCCCUGCUGUUGGUCCACAGAGAAAGUUAAAAUUGCCAUCACGGGCACAAACAGCUCCACGGUCGGUGCGGUUCAAAGGUGGAAUGUUGAUCCGGAGCAGGACCAUCAAACUCAGGAAGGCUCUCUGCUUGGGUCCUAAAAAUAACUUUCCCACACUCUCACCGCUCGCUGUCCUGGGGGUCAGGAUGAAGAGUGUGAGUGUGUGUUUCUCUGUGUGUCUCUUUAAAUAAUACCUGCGGUUUGCUGCUUGUAAUAAGGAUCAAUUUAAAAUACAGAUCGAUUGUUGACUGCUGAUUCUGAAGUCUCUAAAACAUUUAGUUUAGUUGGCGGUUCGUAUUUACAUUUUCGUUUUUGUUAGGAUGGAGUUGAACGACUGGAACAUUAUUUGUUUUAAAACAGAUUUGACCAGAUUAUCAAUUAUGUCUGAUUGGAUCAUAUUUGGGAGAUAAAUUCUUUUAUCGUUUUUUUUAGUGAUUCAGUAUUUGGUCUUAUCAAAGCUGUAGCCCCAAAACAUAAUCAUUUAUUUAGCUGAAAAUCAUAAAUGCUAAGCUUUGUAAGACUGCUAACCUUAAAUGUGAGCAGCCCAUCAUCUCUAAACUCCAAACAGUAGAGUCUGUGUGCUCACUUCAUUUAUUUGUUUGCGUCACAAAAAGUCGACUCAGAGAUGCUUCAUCAGCUGGACACUUCUCUUUUUUCCCAAAUGCUUUCUCUGUCAGCAAUCCUUCAAUGAGUCCUGGUCUGACAAAACAAAUUGGCAGUCUUGAUCCUCUUUUGGUCCCUUUCUCUGCGAGCACACCAUAAAGGCAUUUGUUUCAGCUAAUCAUGGGAGCUACUUAACCCCUGCUACUGUGAAUAUGGUGGUAUUUAAAAAGGAUUCACCCAACAGUCAACACUGAGUUGUUUAAAGUGGUGUCGGCCAUUGAGAGAAGCUGGCCGGCUGCUGAAUGUAGAGGGGGCUCAUGAAUUUUAUGAGGGCGAGUGUCCCCGUCCUUCAGAGUUCACAGGUGGCUAUUGAAAGGCCCGGGCCAGAUGAUGGAGGAUAGUUAGGACACAUAUAGAGCCCUGAAUAGACUUAAAUUACUCUGUAGAUCAGUCAGAGGGCCACUGCAAGGACAAGCCUGCACAUCAAAAGGCAAGUUAGAGGGCAAGGUGAUGCUGCCUUAUGGAAAAAUUCAAGACCCCAUCGGUGAUUUAGAGUCAGUGGGUCCUGUGCAACAAAAAUAGAACAGUUUUCUUUGUGCAUUUGUCAAAGUUUGUGUGAGUGCUACCCAACACACAUACGUUAAUGUGUGAAGGUGGGGGAGGCAGUGUGUGGGAGAAUACUCCAGUGUGUGGCUUAACCAAACUUUCCUUUUGUCCCUAACAAUGAUGAGUGAUGAUGAGUGACAGGGGUGUUAGGAGUGGGAUCUGGGGAACAGAAUGCGCCUAAGCAGUGUUCACCCAGACUCACACAAAAGGCAGCAAAAGGUCAAAUCUGAGGCAAGCUUCUUAUCCACUGGCAUAGAAUAUUGCAGCAUGUUAUGUGUCAUGUAAUUGGCUAAAACAUGUCAUGUAUCCGUCCUGGUUGGGCCAACAGAUCAUCAUUUCUUCCUCUGCAAUCCUGGACCUCGAGGUGUUUUUCUUAAGUAUGCCAAAUCCUUUAGAUGUGGAUUAUCUGACGCAUUUUUAGGAGUUUUAUGACACUGAGCCUCGUUGCCCUCAUUUGGACUCUGACAUCUCCUCGUCUUCUGCUGCCCAAGUGCAUAUCAGUUUACCCCCUCUCUCCCAAGCAAGUCAGAAAACAUGCACAGUUGUCCUUUUGUUACGCAAAAUCCAUACAUUCUGCUUACACAGCCCAACUACACCCACGGAAACCCCUCCCUCCACCCCCUCAACCACACACACAUUAUGCUCCACCACUAGCAAGGGAUGAGGCGGACUUGCGUGCAAGUGUUUCCCAGGAGGCAGUUGUAGACUCAGGGUUCUGAGGCCCGGGGAUGGCUCUAGAUGGCGGUUAGCGAGGAACCAGUAUUUCUUUUUUUUUUUUUUUUGCCUGCUCUUCUCCUUCCCCUCCCCCCUUUCUGAGCGCAGGCAGUGAUCGUAAUGGGGGGUGACAGCUCACCUCUCCCUAGCGUGCCUACGGUCCUCGGAGCGUUAGACCCCCCCGCGUAACCCCAGCGCCACCCCCCCAAGUCCCGGAAGGCCACAAAGGUUACUCCAUAUGUUAGUCUGAGGAUUCUUAUGAAUCUUUUUCUUUUUUUAUGUCAGACAAGUGUAUUUUCUGUUAACAUUUAUUCAAAUCAAGUCAAAUACGGCAUCAUUCUGCUUGAUCCCAUCUUCAUAAAUAUGUGUCCUCUUGCUCGGAGUCUGUGUCAUUGUUUCAUUUUUUUUUGCUUUGUCAUCCUCUGCCUCCUGUUAUUCUCUAUGAGCAGCGACUCAGUGAUGUGAAAAGAUCCAGGACCGGGAGUUUCACAACUAUUAAAGGCUCCAAUGUUUGGAGAAAAGAAAGUGAUCUGAUAGCCCGAUGUUGUACACUCACUUACACUCACUGUUUGUUUUGGGACGUCAUUUAUGCUUGUUUCAUUACACACUGUGAAUGUUCACGUGUGCAUGCAUGUGUGUUAAGCACGCUGACAGAGUGCCCGCACACGCAUUCACAACUUUACAACAAGUUUGAAGUCUUCUAACUGUUGUUUUACUACUUUAUCUAAACUAUUAAAAAAGUUUGGAUUUUAGGUUUGUAUGUUGAGUUAAAGUUGCGCGAGGAAUACUUAAGGGCACAGCUUAAGAAAGUGAAGGUUUUACUUAUUGAGGUGGUUCAUUUACUCAUAUCAAAAAAAUACCUGCUUACCUCAACAAGAAGAAAGAUCCCACUGAAUGUCACUCUGCAGUUUAAUCUCACAGGACAUGAAAGCUAACAACUUCCUUUGAUGCACAUCCGUAAAAACACUCAGCAGUCGUCGUUUGUGCUUUCUGCACCAACAGAAGCCUUCUAAGGAGACAGAAGAUGUAAUGCACAAAAUUAUAAUUAAAUCAGUACAGUGAAUUUCUUGCAGCUCACAGCUUGGUGUUUGUGUGUGCUUUUGAAUCUCUACAAGAGUGUUAAUGCCUGUGCGAGUCUGGGAUAACCAGCCAGUGAAAUUGUAUAAUGAGUAAUGUGUGUAUUGAGAGCAGAGGGUUUGCGUGCUUGGAUGGGUGAGGAAUAUCGCACAAAAGCAUGUGUAGUGGUGAAUAUUAGAGCAGGAAGAGCGUUAGCAAGGUCACUUUGCGCACAGACAGAAGUGCUUUCCCAUUUCUGACUCACUUGCUCUCUCUCUCUCGUUGAGUCUCUCUCUCUGUCUUUUGUCCUCUCCCUACUUUUUUUUUUCUUUUUUUAAUUAUAGUCAGCUUUUUAAGAGAGCUGCUCCCCUACAUGUCGAGCCCUUAUCCCAACUUAGCAGCCAUCACAUUCACCCUUUCACCUCAUUUGCUAUCAGAAACAAAGUCAGCUUGGCGUCUUGUACGCUGGUGCCUGUUAAAGGAUGUUGUAAUCAUGCUGAACAUUCAAGCUAAACUCAAUUGCUGAAGCUCAUUUGCCCCACCCCUACAAAUAAAGAGAGAAAAGAUAAGCAAUCUAAUUUGGAUGGUCGGACAGAAGUGCACGCACACACAGCAGCAGCAGUGAUGCUGUGGGAAUCAAUCUGCAGCGUUAGAAUAUGUGAGAUAAGUGCCAAAGGGGGUGUAUGCUGCUCCUCUGCAUCCUCUGCAAACACCCUGCAGGCUAAAGUGGAAUCCUGGCCACGCCCCACAUAUCACCCCAUGUGACAUUAAGGGAUGCAUUCAGCACAUACUCAGGACACGCAACAUUUUUCCAAGCUUUUUUUUUUUCAAAUCCCCGUGAGAGCUCUACAUAUUUCUCAACGCGGCGUACAAGUGCAUCGCCACUUCAGACCUUAACGGCAGCCUACAUAUCAGAGAGGAGGCACUGGUCUGGUGUAAUCUGACUUGUCUUAAUUACAGGCAGUAUCCAGUAAUAGGCUGCUUCCACAGAUAUCAGCCAUUAGAGCGGUGUCUCUGACGGUGGAGGCCUGAUUGGCUACGAGGCAGGUGAUAAAGAAGCCAUGCCUCAUUUACCUCCAAUUUUUUGUUCACACAUCCCCGUAUUAAAGUCAAGCGUGAAGAUGGCAAAAAGACUGUGUUAAACUGAUUUAUUAUGUGCUGCUUAGCUAAUCUGCUCCUUCUGAUUGCAUUGUCAGCAAUCAGUGCAGCUCUACAAGUAAAUGAUUUGACUGGUUGAAAGUUGUUUCAGCAAAGUUUGAAGAUUUUAUUAAACGUGUCUUUUCUGGACUCAUUAAAAUUGAUAGCAGUCGGGCAUUGUGACUUAUCCUCCUUUUUCUGCUGUGAGCCAAUAAAGGAGCCUCUCAGGCCUUUGGCUUGUCUGGUGUGGUUUCACUACCAUACCAGCAGCUCUUGUCUGCUAAUUGAAGUAAACCACAACAAGUGAACUCAAAUAGACUCCACAAUGACGUUCUCCCGUACAUGACUUUGACUAUUUCCUUUAAUCUCUCUUAACAAGGGUUGACGUACAAACCAGUAUUGAAGAUAACAGCCUUAAAGUAUUGAUAUUGAGCGAAAAAUAAGCAUACAGUAAAUUGUAGCCGUCCUUUACUCUGGUUACCACGUCAUUAAACAGAGGAUAGACGAAGAAGACAUAGCAGACCGCAAGUGAGGUGGCUGUAGCAGACCCCCGAGACAUGAUUUGUCUCUAAUAAUUUAACAUUGAUACUUUGUGUCUGUUCUUUUCACAGUUUUCACACUGCUUUGUAACUCACAAUCUACUGGAAGUAUACUCCAAAAUAAAAGCAUAGUUUGACAGUGGAGGAAAUAAAGCGCAACCUAAAAGCAAGACAAAAAAUAUCAAAAUAAAAGCAUGACAGACGUUUGUUGAAUGUUCUCGAGGCUGGUGAUAAUUCAUUCAUUUGAAUAUUGUUAGAAAUGACAUGUUAGGUAAGUGUUUAUUAGUUAAGUUUAUCAAAUAUUGUGUUCCUACACCCUUGUCUUGCUUUUCCUCAGUUUGACUGAUCAUGUUGUUCUGUCGCAAAAAUAAUCAUGAGAUGAAAAUCUGAUAUCAUGACAGGCCUAAUCUGAGCUCACCGAACCUUUCUUUCCUCGCCAACAGUACGCACAUGCCUUCUGACCAACUCAUCCACUACUCUACUUUAUCAUGAGCUAUGAUGCUAACAAUUUACACCGUUGUAAAUAAUGACCUGAAGAAUAUUGAUUGGUUUACAAUCUCUCCAUCUCACCCUUUCACUUUGCCUUUGUUAGCUCCAGAUUAGCAGCAUGUGAUAUGCUGACAUGAUAUGUUUGAGUAAUUCCACAGUCGGCAUCACCAUCCAUUUCAACUGCCAUAAAACAAAGUCAGCCCAUUAAAGGUAAUAUACCCAUUAUUAGUAUGGAAAUGAGAGCAGGAAUGUGCUGGUGUACUGAAAGCUUGUCAUAUGAGUGACAGUUAAAGACACUCCUGGUUCAGUGCACUGUAUUUAAGAAAUGUUUGAUGUUUUUCAAACUCCGUAUUUGGCAGAUUAUGCUCGGGUGGCAGCUCACACCUUGUUGGUAUUUAAGACAGAUUUCAGCGGAUAUUAGCGGAUUGUGGUGGCGGUUGCAUUUAAGGGUGCAGCUCCCUCAUAACAGGGAGGUGUCGUCUGCUGACAGAUCACUGUCUGGAUGAGAGAGCACAGCAGCAUCCCACCUCAUUACCGUAGCAACACACUAACCGAGGGACCGACACACUGCUCUCUGUGAUUAAGAUGUAAAUUUCCUCUAAUUGGAAUGUAAAUUCAUACAUUUAUAUGAAGACGUCAGCUGUCAGAUUGCAAUAUUGUAUCCUUUUUUCUCUGUCUCCCCUGUUCCCUGAACAGGGACUAGGUGCCUGUAAUCUGUAUCAUACUCCCGCAGCCCAUCCUGGGAUUUGCCGUUUGUUUAAUGUCGGGCCCAUUGUCCUGCAUCCAGCCCGUCAUUGUAAUGCUUCCCAUUCAUGUUUCUGUGUUUUGUUGCAGUCUGAUUUGCUCUCGCUACCUGUGUUUGUUCCACCAUGCAUGGCUGAGCCGUCAGGGCUUUGGGGACGGGGAGGGACUUUGAGACGGGGCCGGGGUCAUCGGGUGGCCGUAUUUUGUGUGUGCAUCGAUUACUUCUGCUGAAUGUUCCUCAAUGCAAAUAAGUCUGCCACUUUGAGAGGAAGCACAUGUAUCUGAAGUAAUUAAUUUUACCCUUGAAUAACAGCUGUGGUGUUGGUGUGACGUGUUCCAAAUUGAGCUUUCUCACCAAAAAGGUGUUAAUUUAGGGCUUUGGCUCAUGAAGUAAGUGUGUUUGCCAGUGUAUAUGGUCCAUAUCACUGAGAUGUCUCUUGUUUGUCACAAUAUUACCUUUCACUGUGUUAUGGCACAUUGACAUCUACUCAAUGUGCCUCUCUCUAAUUUAAAUGUAACUGUAAAGAUAUCAUGAUGAGUGUACUACAGAACCACUCUUCACUUGUUCACUUUUUCAGUGCAGCGGGAUAAAGGAAAAAAUGAUUAUGUAGGUAAUCCAAACCAGUCUUGCAAGUACUUUGAAAUCCCAUUUUUGUGUGCAUAUUUUUUAAGGAAGGGUUCUACACAUUUCUACGACUAUUAGGGGAAAACAAGUAAGAUGAUCGCCUCAGUACAGGAAGUAUUUCUAAGUAUGAUGGCUUAUUUAUAUCUGUCAUGACAACUGAAUACUUAGGACUUACACGGAAUACUUCGCCUAGUUUGACAGAACAAGUCUUACCAAUACUUGUCUCAACAUGUCGUGCUUUCGAGGGGAUCAUCGUGUGCAAAGGAACAAAAAAUAUGUCACAACUAUUCUGCUCAUACAGAGGUUAGCAAACAGUCAUUUGUCAGUGAGAGUCAAGGAAAAAGAAAACCGGGUAACACUUUAUACAAACCACCUCUUAUUAGCACAUUUAUCAAGCCUUAUAAAUACAUUUAUAGCCAUCUUUAUUAGUGAUUAUAAGGAUUUAUAACAGCACAUUUCAAUGUUUAUGAAGUGUUUAUCUACAUUAAGGAAUUACAUUAAGGAAUUUUGAUUAACUUUGUCGUUGAAAAGCUGCAAAGGUCACAGGUGUGGUAUAACCUGUACAGCCUGUGAUAGGAUUGAUCAACACAUGCAUGAAGCUGCAUUGGUGAAGGUGUGCUACAUCAGGAACUGAUGACAUGAGACAGAGUAACCAAGAAAAUCACCAUUCAAAAAACACCCAGUAUGCUUUAAGUGGUGCAUUAAUCUAUGCUGUAUGAAAGGCCGCUCUGUUCACACAGAUAUGAAAUUCACCAUAGUUCAGUACAGGUUAAUUAGAAUACAUUAUAAGUACAUUAUUGUAAGUCAUAGUAAGGUGUUGCAUGCAAAUUAAUGCAGCAAAGAGAUUGUGACUUUGUAUGACAUAGCGCACAUUGAUAAAAUUGCACAGAUCUAUAAUCUUAAUCCAAAGCCUCAUAUGUCAUUUUGACAGACUUAAGGCAGCUGCAAAAAAUAAAAACAAACCAGAUAUUUACAAACAAGCCCAGAGACACUGAGCUCAUCAUGAGUGUCAAAAUUAAUUUCAUUUAUUGUGUAAAGACAGAGGAUGGCGUGCCAGGUCCCGCACACUGGACAUGUUUUGAUGAACAUAAACAAAAGCAGGACAAUUUCCCUUUUGUAUUUUUGUUGAUUGUGCAAAUCAUGAAGCAUUUUUGGGCGUGAGCUCGAGGAUCCUGCAUGACUCCUGUACAUUCCUCUUAGGCACAGGCAGCGUGUGAAACCUCACGGGUCACGCACACUUUCUUCGAAGCAGAUUCAGUUUCUGGAAUGGCAAAGACAUUUUUACCAAAUUUUCACACGCUUUCUAAAAACUGUUUUUCUGGUGAAUAGAAAGUUUCUAUGUGUGUGUAUGUGUGCGUGCCCACAGACUUUCAUCAGAUACAAACAAAAGCAUCAGACGGUGUGAUGUGUUCACAGUGUAUCAGUGUGUGAAGGGUGCUGCAGGCUUUGAUAACAGCAUGUGUAGGUGUUGUAGGGUGCAGAAAAUUAAAAACACUGAGGUACCCCGGGGGAAACUACAGGCCACAUCAGGCAAGGAGCAAAUAGGGAGAAAGGGUGAAAGGGUUCGUCUAUUUCAGGUCCAGCUGCAGGCCACACUCGCUGAACCUGUGUGAGGGACACGGUUAGGAAAAGGCCAGUCAGACUGUUUGUUGGGUUGCAUGUGACAGAGCCUGGGAUUCCCGUAUAUACAGUCUGUUUCCAGCUGUGGUCUGAGCUGUACACCAGGAAUCCUGACUAUGCUGCAACAGCUUGUCAGUGACUACUCCACCCACCUGUGGCAGCAGACCUAUGCAACGUUCCUUCCUUCAAUUAGCCCUCCAUCAGGAAGGAAUCCUAAUAAACCUGAUGCUUUCACUUCCACUCCAUCCAUCAGUGCCUGUUUAUGACAUUGAAUCAACAGCGUGGAAGGCUGACACGUUUCCAGCCGCUCUUCCUGGUAACCAGGAAUCUGCCUCUGGUCAGGUGAACCGGUCGACCGCUCACAUCCUGGUGACUGGAGAGCAGCCUAUCAGGUCUUCAUCCUGAUACACCUCCUCCUCCCCCCUUGAUACACCACCCUCAGUGACUAACAGUUCACCCAUCACCUGACUCUUCAGGUGUCAGGAGAGGAAGUGAAUCAUCCACUUAGCCUUUGGGUGUCCAAGUACAAGUCAUCCACUUUCGAUACAGGAUGCUUGAUUUAAAGUGAUAAACAGCCCAUUCCAGAAAUAUUCAGACUAUAUGUAAAAGGUUUUAAAAAAUUCCCAAAUCAUUAAAAUCGUACAUUUGAGUAAAUAAGAAAUAGAGAGAAGACAACAUUUCAGAUGUUGAAAUUUAAAGAUUUUAUUGUUGUAUGAAAUAUUUAUUUUCAUUUUAAAUUUAAUACAGUCAAUACAUUUAAAAUAAAAAAGUUAUAUUUACUGUAGGGGUGGGAGAAAAAAUCAAUGCAGCAUAGUAUCGCAAUAUUUUAUCUGGUGAAUUAUUUUUUUCAAAUUUAUUGUUCAUAUGAAGUCAAAUCUACGAUAAUAAAAAAAUAUAAUCAAGUGUUUGUCCAGUGAGGUUGGCAGAGGUGACAUCAUAGAGCAGGAGAAAGUUAGUACAACAAAUAUAUGUAAGGUUUGCAAGAUAUGCUUCAUUAAAUAAAUAAAACACAGUGUAAAUAAGACAAACAUAAAGGAAAGACAAAUGCUAAAUUAGCUAAACAGUUGAAAAAUUUGUAUAAAUCGCAAUAUAUUAUAUCGUAAUACUCACUGUAUUGCAAAAUUUUAAAAAUUGCAAUAAUAUUGUAUUGUGGCACAAGUAUCGUGAUAAUAUUGUAUAGUAGGGCCACUGGUGAUUCGCACCCCUAUUUUACUGUUGUGUCGCAUCAACAAACCCUGAGUUCAUCUCAAUGAACCCAGUAGACCAGCCUCUGGAGUUCGGAAAGUUAAGUGUUGUCCCACUCUUGCCUAAUAAAGGAUAUCAGCUGAUCAACAGUUCAGGGUCACUGUCAGAUUUUUGGUGACAUGGUGCUUCAAAGGUUUUUGGAUGUCUGACAAGUUAAGACUGCAGGCAGGCAAGUUUAACAGCAUGAGUUUUCCACUACUGAGCCAUGCUGUCGAAGUAUGUGCAGAAUGCCGUUUGGCAUUGUCUCGCUGAAAUAUGCAAAGUCUUCCUGAAAAAGUCAUUGUCUGGAUGGUACCUGUUGAUUUACACUUCAGCAUCAGUGGAGCCUUCACAGAUGUGUUUAUCGCUGAGAGAAGGCUGCUUCAACUCCUGUUUGAAGAAGUCAGCCUGAUUACCUCAGAAAAACACAAGUUUUACCACUUAUUGCUGAAAGAAAGGAAAGCACCAUUUAUAAAGUCACAUAUCAGUCUAAAUGCGCCUCAUAUUUCACAACUUUAGCUCCCUGUCGGACAACCUUUUCUUUUGGCUCUGCUACAGUGUCCACAUUUCUGCACAUGCUGGGUACAUACAAGAGAAAAGGUAAGAGGGAAGUAGGUGAGGGAGAGACAGACAGGAAGGGAGAGAGAGACCAUUAUGUCCCCCAGGUAUGACAGAGGCACUCAUGCAGAAGGAUCCCACAUGGAGGGAGGUGUGUGUGUGUGUGUGUGUGUGUGUGUGUGUGUGUGUGUGUGUGUGUGUGUGUGUGUGUAUGUGUGUGUGUGGGUGCAUGAAGGAACUCUUGGCUUCCUCUCCUCGUUUGUACCCCCCCUCCUCCCAAAAACACAUCUGUCUUCUUUUCUCUGCCACACACCUUUCCUGCAUCCUCCGCUCACCUUCUCACUCCAGCAGCAGACUUUUCACAGCUUAAAAUGUUUUCUCAUAUUUUCAGACGGCCUCAGAGUGUCUGUUUCCUCUAAGUGUUUCUUCUCACGUCUAAUGCACACCUGCCAUAUUUUGUCAAACUUUUACAGGAGCGUGCUCUUUGGCUGCUUUUUUUUUUCCUGAGCGGAUGUUCUUUGGCCUCUGGACACACCGCGGCUCCCGUUACCCUGAGCGGUCCGUCUUACAUGCAAAUAUGUGUCGCCUCAACAGUGAUCACCAUUUUAGUCAGCGGCGUAGCUAUCUCAUGGCUGCAUGCAUUAAAACAAUUAAACUUUGCCCCUCCCCCGCCACAACAAUCAUUUGCGGAUGUGUUGGGUGAAAUUUAGCAAGAAAUUAUCAUUUUCUGAAUCACUUCACUCUGCUUGCUCAGUGUUUGUUUCAUUCUUUCUCUUUUCUCCGUCUCCUCUUUGAGCUCUUUAAAAGACUUGGAGCCCCCUGCAUGUUCUUCCUUUUGCCUCCUUUCUCUGUACUUUUUUUUUCAUCAUUAUCCAACAGCACUUUUCUGUGCGUGCAAAUGCUUUCUGAACGGCGUCCUUUCUUCCCUUUCAGGCUGGAUGUCAUUGUUGCUGCCUGUGGGCUGGGUGUAUUUAUUUAGGGGUAAUUGGUGUGUGGAUGAGUGAGGUAAUGAGGUGCAUCCACACUUGGCUGCUCCCCUCCCUGAGAGCUGGAGACAGACGUAGCCUAGCUGGGCUCCGGCUCGAGCUGCACCACACUGCUGUCUCCUGCACACGGGCCAGAAUGGCUGUUUCAUACCCAGGUGGACAAACACAAUCACCGGGGCUGAUACCUCAUUGGAGUGUCUGCAGCAUGGAGUGAUGUGUGUGUGCGUGCGUGUGCAAAAAUCCUUGUCUGUGUGUGUGUGUGCACACAUGUAUUUAUGGGUGAAAAGGGAAAAAACAGCGCUUGUAGUUGCCUCUGUGUCGAGUCCUUGUUUGUCUUGCGGCUUGUGUUUGUAUAAGUGAUUUUCCCCCUGUGUUUGUAAGUGCAUGUAUAUCAGGCUGAGUGGGUGUUCAAUGGAGCUCAAGGAGGACCUCUGGCUCUCGUAGCCCCCUGCCAACCUCAAACUGGCCCUGAUGUCCUGCAGAGUUACCUAAUGAUUUCACUUACACCUCCCUUAUCUGUCUGGCCCAUGUGGCAGCAACCGUCUGACGCUUCAGCCUUUACAUGCCAUUUGCUGCCUCAUAUCCUGUGAAAUUCAAUUGCACAGCUCAAACUGAAGCCAGAGUACGGGAUCUCCCUCUCUCUCUCUCUCACUCACUCUCUCUCUCUCUCUCUCUCUCUCCCUUUCUCUCUCUCUCUCUCCCUCUCUCUACUGUAUUUGUAGAAACAAACAUAAACAGCUCUUCCAUGACACUGUUUUCCAUGUUAUCUCACAGCAAUGUUGCGUUUUCUGAGUUAUCGCACUUGCGUGUCGACACUUUGUUUCACUGCAGCCUUGCCGACAGACUUUGGAUGAGAUGCAGAAGUUUUAGGGCCCAAAAGCUUGGAUGUUCGAGGCUGCCCACAGGUGUUCAGCAGAUAAUAUUAUGCAUCAAUUGUUUUGUUGUUAUCAGGGUAAUUGGUGUAGACCUGCCAGCCCUUUGAUAGACACACAAUUACUGUAUGUGAUGCAUAAGUGGACUCAUUUUAGGGCAGGAUUUUGAGUUGCUAAUGGUGCAUUAUUCAGCUUUUGGUCUGUCCCCAAAAGUGCCGGGCCAAAUCAAACACGCCGCUCCAGGGUAAUUGAGGCCCACUCCGCACCCCCUGCGGUGAGCAAGGCAGAACUGUAAUCCCCUGACAACUCUGACUUGGCCCCAAUCUGGCAGGCUGCCCAUUUCCCAGCAAAACGCCUAACUCCACAUGGAGGAGAAUGAAGAAGCUGAUCGUCACAUUUAGAGCGCUUUCCAAUUUUGUGAUUCUUUUCAACUCAGCAGCUCUUUGUAGCCAUCUCUGGACUUGCCCUUACUUUUUCAUUUUAAACUGUACUUCAUGCAACAUGAUUGCACACUAAUUACACGCCAUCAAACUAAUAUUCUUACUCAUUAGUCUCCUGAAGCUUUUGUGGUUUUAUGAUCAAAGGUUUCCACAAAAGGCGUCUAACCACCCUUACCACGGAAAGCACUUACUUUCUUUUGUUGGACUGGUUCGUCUGAUAAGUUUCCAGGAAGUUUUGCUCAGAAUGAAAAAGACUGUUUUUCUACAAGGAAAUGUUUUUCAAAGUUAUGAGAGCAUUUUUGAGUUUUUCUGUCUGAUGCAUUUUUUAAAGAGGAACAGAAUUGCAUUUUUAUUCAUUAAGACCUCUUUUGUUAAAGCAAGUUAGCUGCAAACACAAACAUUUCAGACGUAACACAAUGUAAGACCUAAAAUUUGUUUUGAUAUUGAUUAUUAAUUCACUCCAAAUGGGCUAUCAGCUGACAUCAGCUGUCUUGGCUCCUUGGCAUACACAUCUGCAAAUCUUUGAGGCCCAGACAUGAAAUGUUUUAUUUUCUUAUGCUGAUUAAAUUGGAGUUAGUAGCAAAGUAGCAGUUCAGUCCACAAGUUUAUGUCUGUCGAAGAUAUUUUCCUUCUUGAAAAGUUAACACUGCUCAAUAUUAGACACGAGACCACUUGAACACUGUCCCAGGGCAGUUUCCGUAUUCAUUUGUCAUGUUAUUUAAAAUCAUCUCAGCUGAGCACGAGGAUCAUGUUCCAUUUUAAGGAGCCAACACCAAUCGAUGUAGACUUGUCACUUUUCCUUCAGUCAGGCUAAAGAUGAACAAUGUGAGGGCUUGUUUUAAACUUUUUUUUUUUUUUUUUUGGCCGCAAAAAUGUGCACAAUGUUAAAUUUCUGCUGAAUUGCUUAAAGUGUAAACAGAAUAAGUCAUAAACAAUGAUUGACAUAAUACUUAAAAAUUUAGAUUAUUAUUACGGUAUCAUUUUUCAGUUUGAAUCCAUUUUUAUCAUUUCAAAAUGUGAUUUUCUUGUCAUUGUUAUUAAACCCAGACAUGCUCUGCAGUGCCGCCCCUCAGAGGGCUCGUUUUCAGAGAGGGUAUCACAUGCAUUUAGCACUGUCUCUCUGAUUUUUAACUUUAGCAUGUCUCCUCCUCCUCGGGGCCUGGCUCACUCUUUUAAUGGCUUUAGUAAUGCUUUACAAUUAACACUAAGCCAGCGCUCUAGGUUAGGCAAAGACUGGUGUGUUUCAGGCAAAAUGAGAAAACACAAAACAAGCAUUCCCCCAUCACCCAAGGUGCCUCCACGACCCAGAGGUCAUGGGGGAAAUGGAAGGUGGUGAAUUUUUUGACAGGGCAGCCGGGGUGAUGUCUCAUUCCCUCUGACAUCUCAAACACCCUAAAGGUGGCUUUGCCAACAGUCUACCCAGGAAGCACUUCACCUUGCUGUGGCUAAAUUUACACAACCACCUGCCCACAGGGAGCACACUGGAGAGAACAGAGGUGGAGGUGGGGGUGGGCAUGGGGGGCAAAGGGGGAGGGCAGAGGGGAGGGUAUGGGAGACUGAAGUGUGUCAAAGGAUGCAAUGCAUAAUAAAUGUACAUAGAUACAUCAAAUGAUUAUUCUUUUUCAACUUAGGUGUAAAUUUUUUAUCCAAGAAGUUUUUCCAUCUCUACGUUUGUGUUUAUCAUCUUCAGUAUUUUGUCUCUGUAGGCCUCAGUAUUUCCUUUCUGCGUGUUCUUUCUUUUGUUCAUCAAAUUUGCAUCUAAGCACAGAAAGGGAAGUGGUGAACUGGGUUUUCCAGAGUGCUGUCUAGAGUUCAGUAGAGUAGAGGAACCAAAGGUUGAACUCUGUAACUGUGGAGAAAGAGGGUCACAAAUAAACGUGCAAGAGGAAACACUUGAAUAUUAACAGAUACAUGCAUUACUUGUUCUAAAUUCUGUAUUUUUUUGUAAUAGUUUCUGUCUUGAUGGAAACAUGUUGACUAUUGUCUUAAGUUUAUCAGGCUACAAGGAGUCAGUUAACAGAAAUAAAUUUCUAGAAGCAUAACUGUGCAUUAAACCUUGUACGGUUUUUGCACAAGUAUCUCCCACAUUAUGAGACAUUUGUUAAAUGAAAUGAAAAAAACAAGUGGAGAGGCUCUCUUCAUGGUGUACAAAAUGACCUACAUUUAAAUAUGAAAGCCUUGACUGCUUUUUUGUUUAACUAACACUUACUAACACUGAGUUGAAAGGAAAAGACAACCAGGCAGAUUUUGGGCCCUUUAGACAAAUCUCAGCAAAAGUUAUAGUUUUUUGAUGGUCUGAAAAAUGACCUUGCCAGAUUUUCCUGCAGUGUGAGACAUGUUAAGAAGGAUUUAGCUUUCCCAAAUCUGCUCAAAAAAGGUUGUGGUCAUGUCAGUUGAAAAUGAUAAGCAUUAAUUCUGUCAGUUAUUUGCAAUCAGAUGUCCUGCAAAGUGUUGGAGGAACCUUGAGGACAGUCAAGCAUGCAGUCUGUGGAUUGUCAUGUGUAACAAAACAAUUGCCAGUUAGGAAGCAAGCUGCCAAGUGCAGCAAUAGUAAAUGCAAGGGAGAAGCUUAGAUGGAUGUUAGAUAUAGAAACAACCAAGUUGUUUUGUAACGAUACAAAAGGUCCUGCAAAAUAUACCUUAGCUGAACUGACUGAGAGAAGUUGCGCUGAAGUUUCCACCACCAUGGAUGUACCAGCGUCCUUAACAUGAUGUUUUUUUUAGUCUAGUCAUGUUUAACUCUGAAUAAUGUUGCUAGUUUUUAAUAGAGUGUGGACUCUGGUUGUUGUGAAUGAAUCUGUCACUGUGUGGUGUACUGUCUUGGCCAUAUUGUUAAACUUUAUAUACUAUAAGACCAAAACUGUCAGGGUGCUGGUCAGUGCAAACCCCUUUAACAGAGGCUAUAGGCCCUACUGCAGCUGUCUCCAGUUCGAUUCCCAGCCCUGACCUUUUGCUGCAUGUCUCCUCCACUUUCUUCCCUCCUAGUUUCCUGUCUCCUUUAGUGAUCCUAUCUAAUAAAGGCAAAAAUGCCGAUAAGUAUGUUAUAUAUUUUUUGAAUGUAAAUCUGUAGUAUAUUGUCAGAAUGUCUGCGGUCUCUUGCAUUUGUACACCUCUUAAGUUUUCAAACUCUGAUAGUGUGGGCCAGACUUGUUAUGAUUAGCUUGAAUCAAUUGCCACAUGGUUCACUUCUGCAGCCAGCAGAUGUCUACUUGUAGAUUGAUCGUUUCUGUUGACCUUGCCAGAUUUUCCUGCAGUGUGAGACAUGUUAAGAAGGAUUUAGCUUUCCCAAAUCUGCUCAAAAAAGGUUGUGGUCAUGUCAGUUGAAAAAGAUAAGCAUUAAUUCUGUCAGUUAUUUGCAAUCAGAUAUCCUGCAAAGUGUUGGAGGAACGAUUGAUUGUUUCUGUUGAUGAAAUGGUAAAGCCUACAUAAGUCCAUUGAAUCUAAAUUGUGACAUUGUAAAAUGCAGGACAUCUGAAGGGGAUGGAUGUUUAUGAAAAACAGUGUAGUUUCAUCUUGGUUUGCCAGAGUUGUAGAAACUGUUUUAUCCUACAGCAUCAAAAGUUGAUUUACAUCUAGUCUAAUUAAAUGUCCAAACAUAAUAAAAGUAUGCUUCCUUACUUUUCGAAUAUUUUCAUAGCAUUAUGAAUAAGCUCAAGGCUAAUGUCAGCUGUUAAAGCUGUAUAUUCAUUUCUUUCAUAGAUUUACUCAUAGACGUCACAUUGAAACUCUUAAGACGGACAGUGGGAUAGAAUAGUAACAAAUGUGGAAGCUCCCCAGUGGCAGAGUUCAGGCUGUUUGCCUGUGGGCUGAUGCGGAGUGAAUGGCCUUAGAGGCUCUAGGCUGGUCUAUGUGUGGCCCGGCUGGUCCAAGUCAGCAGUAAUGACUGGCUUUGGCCGGCAUGCCUGUUAAUGUGAAUGGGGUUACUCUGGGCAACACCUUUUCAGCUGGGUCCUAUGAAGUCCCCAGUAUGGUGGUCUUUGUCCACACAAGGGCUGUCCUCUCAGCAAAAAGGGCUCCUUUUUUUGUGAGGACUAUCAACUGGUGAUGGAUUAUACCCACCCCCCUUUAUUCAUCCGGCUGGACUAACAGACAGGGAUCCAUGCAAACAUACACACUCUUAUACAUAGGUACAAACACAAAGACAUCAAAAGUAUCACCAGCACUUCUCAUAUCAUCUUAAACAGUCACGUUAUGGAAAGAUGAGAAGCACAAACUUUUCUUAGACACACUCAACAGGUGCAUAUCGUACAUUUGGCUGCUCUUCACCUCUCUUCUGCUUUGAGGACAUGAAGACAUUGUAAGAGACAUCAGCUCCAUGAAUACGGGAGCAAAUCUACAUCCUGGUUAGCCAAAUGCCAAUCGCAUAGACUGAUGUAUUUUGCAUCAUUUCUUUGUUGUUUGUUUGUUGUUGAAUUUCUUUAAAGGAGAGACUACAUCAGAAUGCAUAGCUCAUUAAAGUCCCUCUUAAAAUGUCUCGGGAACAUGUCUCACAAACUGCAUGUCACUCUUCUUUCACAGAGACCCUGUGAUAUUCCCUCUCCACACGCUCUCUUUCCAAUUUGAUCAUAAAAAAUGAAUCCGUUUGUCCACAAGGGACUUCUUCUGCCCAAUAAAAACGUCUCUGAACUGUCAGUUUGGUGUGAUAGCUUUCCAAGUUUUCAUGAAUUAUAAAGAUUGGCCAAUAUUUGCUGAGGCAGAUGUUCAGCAGAACAUCAGUGCAUCCCCGGUAGACAUUAGAAAUAUGUUUAACAAAAUAAUAAAUAAUAUUUCAGUUAAAAUGACAAAGCCUGAGUUUUGUCCGUGGGGUUAUUCUCAGGGCAAUGACACAAUAAGUAAGUUUAGGAUAUGCGGGCAGGGCGGUACCAGUCCUGGUGAUGCGGGCUCUGUUGCUCGCUCAUGAACCUUCCUUUCAAGCAAAGUUCACCGAUCCUCACUUAAUGUCAAGACACAUCUUUAAAAAGAAAAUCCAUCUUCUCCAGUCACAUGUCCCUGUAUUUCCUAUCUCAUCCUGCUAACUCAACAACAGCAGACUAUCCCUCUGUGAGUGUGGUAGCCCCGCCCCUCCCAAGAGGUCAGCCACUUACCCGGGCUGACACAGUAACCUCCAGACAACCUUUCGCUUUGCCAAAUGUUAUGCCUGUAAACUGCCUGAACUCCAUCACAUUGCAGAGGAUGAGGGAGGAAGAGGGAUCUCUGUUGUUGGGAGGGAAGGGCUUGGGAAACCUUAGUUGUCCCAGUCUGCUUUGUGUGCUUUGUACCCUGUGUGUGACACAUGCAUAGGCUAGUGGCAUCGUGUCUGUCUGUCCGUCUGUCUUUGCACAUGGCUGUGUGAGCUUGUAGCUGAGUGCGACACAGAAAAAAAGAGAUGAAUAAUGCAUGACAGAAUCCUAAGUAAUGCUCAGGCUUUUGUUCUUUUUUUUCAGUGUCUGAAACGCUGACAGAACCAGUUCGCAAAGUGAUUCCUCUGGAAUAUUUUGACAUGUUGGGAAAUUGUUGUUUUCUUCUAUAUUGUGACUUUGCCAAACAAUCAGCCAGGAAUACUGGAAGCCAUGAUUCAUUCAGUCUCAAUUUUUGGUUUUAGUGUUAGGAAAGAAAACAAAGGUAGGAUUUAGUGAGCUCUGGAUGGGAAUGGGUUUAUUUUACCUGCACACAGAUCCAGACUGCUUGCUUCCAGUCUUGUGUGUGUUGGUUAUUGUUAACAAUCAGAAGCCCCUUUCACACAAACACUUCACACUUGAAAAUCUUCCAACAUUAUUACAUCAGCUGAAAAUGUGAAAGACAGUGGCCAAAUUUUUCACCCUGAAUGAAUCCAGACUUUUACCUGCCAGUCUCUUCGUAUAAACCCCGGAAAUCAAGGUGAGCCAAUGUCAAAGCAGUAGGCAACAGUCGUGACCUUCAACAAGAGAGAGUGAGCAAAGUUAUACUGUUAAGUCCAUGUUAAGUGGAGUGUUGGAAACAUCCUCAUAGACUUUCUAGUGAUAUGAACACAAAAUCAGUCCAUACCAUGGGAGAUGGCGACUUAUCUUCCUGCUGUACGUAGUGCCCAGCAGCUCACCGAAACCAACAUGGAUACACCUGUUUACUGGGAUAUUUUCCAGCUGUGAGGUGCAAGGUUUUUCUUAAGAUAUGAAAAUCCUAAAAUUGUUUAAUUUGUCAGGAGUAGUUGCGUGAAAAUAAAGCGUUGUAGAUGAGGUGAUGCAGAACUGGAAUUAGUGAAGAGCAGCAUCAUACACAAACCAUUUCCACAAGUUGUCAGUUACCAAGUACAGUGGCUUUCAACAACAAACAAAGUAAUGAAAUUUUAAGUUGUUCUAACCAAAAUUUAAAGUCCAACUAACUGACUAGUUAAAAAAAUAAAUAAAAACACUCCAAAAAAAAUCAGUGUCUAAUGGUUUAACCCAGGGGUUCCCCAAAAGACCAGAACCCCUAAAAUACUGUUGCCAGAGACUGAUGACCCCACUGUCUCUUGAGGUGGUCUAGCAUUGCUCACUGCCACACACACUAACAGGCCAGUUCAAAAACACACCUGAGAGCACAGGCAAACAAAUGUAUAGUUUUAAAGUGGUUUAAGAAAGAGUAGAUGCAGAAGUCAAACAACUUCAGGUUUCUUUUUUUUGUUUUCUGCUCAUAUUGUCCAGUUUUCUUUGCAGCUGUAAGCCGAGCAGCUGAGACUGAUGCUGUUGUUAAUUUAGAGGUCAUGUGGGAAUGAAAAAGAGUAGAAGACUGAUUCAUUAUUUAUUAUUAAUUUACAUGAGUUUACCAAAGUAAACUAUGGUUGUAUAAACUUCACAACAAUAGAUGAAAUAUAAUGUUUUUAAUAAGAUUUCAACAGUCUUCAAACGCCAUCUUGCAACCCCUAGGAAGGCCCUUACCCCAACUUUGGAAUCACUAGCUUGGUCAACUGAACAAGUACAUCACCACCAAUAAUAUACUUCCCAGAAUAACAGAACCAUGCUUAGUGUUUUACCCAAAAGUCUGCCUCGAAACAAAUAAGCAGACUUGAUGAAUAAGAUGAUGAACAUGUCCUUAAAUUCAUCUGUGUUUUGUCUGGAUACUUAGGUCAGCUGUUCCUAUACAUUUAUAUGUUUGUGGUUUGGCUGUUAAAUUUCAAAAUCAAGUUGUAAAAGCAGUCCAGAAAUCUCAACUAUCACAAAUAAUUUGGGCUGCUUGUCCUACAGAGAUGGAGUAGAGGGUUUAUCUGUAGCAGUGAGCUGUUAUUGAAGGUAGAGAAGGUUAUGUAGUGUAGCCAUGUUUCCCUGUCUGAUUAUUCUAGCAGGGCAUCUAUACAGCACCAUGAAACCUGCUUUCACCAAACAUGUCAGUGGUGUUUGAACCUGAGGAUGUUUAUAUCAGAGUCAUGGUUCCAGGGGUAAAAUGUGUGUUUGAAGGGGUGGAGGGCACAAGAGGUCCCCCAGAUAUGCUGUCAUAACCCAUGCAGCCACGCUCUGUGCUAUGGGCCUAUCGGUAGUGAAGGCAGCACUUAGACAUGUUUGUACUCUUCGCCCUAUAUUCCCUUCCCUUCCUCCCCGGGCACCAUGUCACUCCAGGGGCAAACCAGCACUGUGCCCAAGACCAUAACACCAACUAACCCCCCCUCACUACGCACCACCACUGGGGUCAAUGUGCCCUCACCCCCUCACCCUACAACGCCCACGGUCCGUACCAACACUGCCCUCCAAAGAGAAACAAAAGCGAACUGAAAAGAGACAAAAUGGCCCCUCGCUGCUUCCCUGUCAAAGCUCCUGACAGGCCCGAGCGGAGGCCCCCAGAGGAGGCUGCAACUGAAGAAGAUGACGACUGAGAUAACAAGUCAAGUUGUUGUGUUACGGCACAGUUACACUUUGGCCCCUGUUUGUCCAUUUGGUUAUUCAGAUGCACAUCGGAGCUUACUGAUUCCCAUGCAUGUCAUGUUUAGUAACAUGACAGAUACUAUCAUCUGCUGUUUUACAUCAGUCUGUGGAGCGUGAAGGGUAAGUGAGGAGCCCUCUGUUCAACACAACAGGAAUAAGCAUUCCAUUAGGUAUUAAAAAACCUUGAAAAUAUUGUCAGCUAAUCAAUUUCCUGUUUGGACAUGCUCGCUUUUAAUGGAAAUUCACUCACUUAUUAGUCCCUUCCAAUUUUUCCAGUGUUUGGGAUUAUAAUUACACUCAAAAUGCUUACUCAUCCUUCUGCCUGCCUGCUGCCUACUCUGUCAGAUGCAUUAGCCAUGAAGCAGAAGAGAUGAGGAGCCUGUGUCUGUAUCUGUCUUUCUGUCAGUCCUCCUAAAUGUCUGUGUGCCUGCCGCUCAGAUUAUCCAGGAUCAGGAAGCAGGUGACAUGUUGAGCAGGUGACCAUCACCCAAUUAACAAAAAAAAAAAAAACCUUGAGACCUGUGCGCUCUUGCUUUCAUCUCUCUAAACUCUGAGAGUCUUAUUCCCCUCUUUGACUAACAAAACACCAAGGUUUGCAAAGUCCGUGUAAGGCUCCAGAAGAGGUUUGAGAAUCUAUAAGUCUCUACAUUUCAUUUGAUAUCAUAAGACUACUAAGUACAGCUAACACUAAAUUAAACUAGUAGGUGUAAAUUCCCAAACUAUCAAAAUAAUAAGCUAAUAGUCAUGAAAAAUACUGAAAACAACAUAUGAAAUGUUUAAACUGAGAAAUUGCGUUGCUUCAUGUAGGCCAUAUGGUUAUGCCAGGAAUACAUUUGAUAAAAGUUGUUACGGGUUCAUGUUUACUGUUGUGUUGCAUCAGCUCUUCUUUUAACAACUCCUUGUUAGCAUUAGUGAGUCCAGGAGACCAGUAUCAGGACUGUAGCCAGGCCAGUUUAGCAGCAGGACUCGUCUACUACAGAGCCAUGCUGUAGUAAUACAAGGAGAAUGUGGUUUGGCAUUGUCUUGUAGAAAUAUGAUGGUUGUUCCUGAAAAGUUAUUGUCUGGAUGGCAGCAUAUGUUGCUCAAAGACCUGUAUAUAUUUUACUAAACAUCAAUAGCGCCUCCCCUGAUGUGUUAGCUCCCCUUGCCAUGGACUCUUACGGUCCCCAUCACCAUCAGGGAUGCCAGCGUUGGACUGUGAGUUGAUAACAAGCCAGGUGGUCCUGAAGAUCAAGGCUAUCCAGUACUUGUUUUGGUACUUGUGUCUUUUCUGCAGAUUUCUCCAGAUUCUCUGAAUUUUUUAAUGAUAUCAUGUACUAUAAAUAACAUUCCUAAUUUCUCUGUAAUUUUACACUUAUAUUAUUAUGGGAUUGUUUUUGUAGAUUUAUUUGAACAAUUUCACGAAAGAGGAAGUGAGAAUUGAUGAAGUGUACAAUGGCAAAGAAUUUCUGUGAAAUGGAAAAGCCUGAGUUGUAAGAACUGCUCCAGUCUAUGGGUUAUUCUCAGGGCAAGGUCAGGUAUCAUGUUGCACUCUUUGCUGUGACAAAAGAAGAGGAAGCAAGAGCUUCUGCUCGGCUUUUGUUCGGCACAGCUGGGCUUGAAUUACUUAAGUGACAGGAUUUAUGCUCUGUAUUUUCUGCAUUUUUUACUGGUGAGGCAGAGGAAGUAUUCUCAGACAUUUCUGUCCUCAAUGUGAUGAUAGUUUGCUCUGUGAAUGGAAAAGUGCAUCACUUCAUUACAUGGACUUUGCUGUGCUAAAAUCAGCACAAGCCCUAUAGGUCCAGUAAAUGAUUUCCCACACCGUGUGGUGUAACUUUAGAGGAGUGAGGGGAUUACGGCAGAGGAGGUGAUUUAGCUUACUUUGGUGAAUGGAUUGGCAAGCGACACAGGGACAUGUCUCCCAAUUUUGUUGUGCUAGCAUCUCUACCUUUGAUUGGUUGUAGAAAUGGAGCUUGAAAUGUGUUGCAGACUAACCCACACAUAGCUGUGCUGCUUCAUGAGACAGAAUUAGUAAAAGGUUAGUAAAAGUAAAAGGUUGCCAAUAAAUGUUGGACCUGCCUUGUAUUGAUCAGUUUUCAAGAAAAGCCCAAUGUAAUGUUUGAUUCAACUCAACAUCUAACAUUUCUUUCUCAGGUGUUACAGGAAACUGUAAGCAUGAUUAGUCAGUUAGUUGUGUCAUUAUUGUAAUAACUUCAGCUUAGCGAUACAAUGUUCAGUUUCUCUCAUUGCAGCGACUUAAUAGAGCUCAUAUUAUGCUGACCAAAUCACAACAAUAAGUGUGUUAAGUAGGUGUUUAUGGUAAACAUCGUGUCACUUCCAUGAACAUGUUCCAGCAUCAGCUAAUCUGAUUGGAACAGCCAGACCGGGCGUCAUGUGUUCCAAUAGGUGUAGGGUUUCCCAUAGUUCUAAGCUGUACAGUGACACGGGCCAUUUGAAAGUGUGGCUAAACCCUAUGGAAUAAAUGACUCGUUAAAUUACCACCUAAUACUCAGGUCAUUAGCAAGCUGUUACUAGCACAGGAAUGCCUUUGAAGGUGCUGCUUUGUGUGAGUCGGUCCCGGUUAAGCUCCGGUUGAAAAAGUUGGUCCAUUUGAAUUGUUGAAAAUACAUACAACAUGGCGUGUGAUUUUAAAACUCGCAAUCAAAAUGAGGCAAAGUUUUGGACGACUUUGAUUUGGUUUGUUUUCUGACCCAUCAAAUAGCUGCUUGAUUCCCCGCUGUGACACAAACUGUGUAUGGAGAUGGUAAACGAUCAGUAACAAGCAGCAUGAAACAACAUAUUCCUGAAGAGCCGGCUCUUUGGGCUGUUUAGGAAGCUGAAGGGAAUUGUCCAUUGUAGGGUGAUAUUAGUAACCCUCUUAGGCAAAGCUAGUCCGAGGGCCGGCCCUGAGGGCUCAUUUCAAGUGCUUAGCGCUCGUUUGGAGCUUUGUCACCCCUCACCCUGUUGCCAGCAUGGCCCCAGCCCCUCUGGCUGUGGAGCGGAGCUGAACCACAGACCUUUACCCCUACCCGCCACCAGGGAGGGAACACUGACAUCACAACUCUAACACACACACUCGUUCUCGCACUAACAUUGUGGCUCACAUCCAUUUUCACAACCCCCCUCCUCUGCCAGUGCACCACAGCCAAUGGUCUAUUUUCCCGCCGUUCACUCCCAUCCAGACACCCCCCACCCCCACCCCCCUUAUUUUUUUCCUCUUUCUCCACUCUCGUGAAGGUUGCCAGGCAGCAGAGAAAGACUUCACACACACAUACACCCCACUAUGCCUCUGAGGGUUUUCCGGAUGUCCUUGUUUACAUCAUGGAGUGUGCAGGUCGUAGGGAAGCAGACUCACAGCCUCCCUGGUUAUGUCUGUCUGAGUCCUGCAUUGACCUCCAUUCAUUUACUGUCAAUGUAAAUGUUCAUGGCAGCCUCUCAGUUGGCCUAUCAUCACACUUGGAUCACACUUAAGUUUUGAAUUUCAAAAUCUGAAAAAUUCACUUUUUUGGACUUUCCAUUUAUAUAACAGAUGCUGACAGUAAUGUGAAAUUACUUAUUUCAAGUGUGACCACAUACUUAGUAUUUUCCCGGCUCUGGUAGUCAGUAAUUUAUCAGCUCUCAGUUAUUGGCUGUCACUGAUGUGCAGCAAGGUUGUUGACAGUAACCAGGCUCCCUAUCCCCUGUGUGUCAAACCGAUCGAUUGGUUUUGUCUGCUCCUCCCUCCAACUUUGAUGUUCCCAUUGAUUGUUCUCAUCUGCCCCUGAACUCAAAGGUUAGAGGAGCUGAGCUACACUUCUGGAUUGCUUUGACCUUCGCUCUGCACAUGCUCAGUGGGUUCACAGAGCCCAGAGCCAAACAGACACGGUGUAGCCAGGCCCGUGGGUGCGUGACAGCCAGACAACGGUGUGAUGCCUUUUUUUUAUUUUACUCACCCACUGAGGAUGAUGUAUAUGUGAUUGAUUUUUCUCCUACCCCUCUCUCUACCCUGUUUCCGCUGCAGUGCGCUAAGCAGGACUGAGUCCAGGCUUGAUCAAUGCAUUGUUUUUCUUUUUCAAUCACACUCGAGUGAGCUGAAGACACGAAAGGUUACACAGGUGAGGUUUGGCAGGGCUGGAAGCAGGGCAGAGCUUCUGGAGGCCCCCUCAAGGCCAAUAUAUGAGUUUGCAUGUGUUGUGUGUGUGUGCGUGUGUGUGUGUGAGAGAGAGAGAGCGAGAGAGAGAGAGAUGUGGAAGUUGCAGAAAGAGUUGCAUCCAGGGAGAAGUUCGCCAAAUUCAUCACGUUUCUAACAAGUUCUUCAUCCUUCUUGUGGUGUCACAAGAGUUCACGCUCGUCAUACAUCCCCUGUCUCUUCUCCCACUGGGAGUCUUCAACCCUAGCCUCCAUAAAUCCUCUGUAACCUUAGCUUUACCAUCUAACAUUAAAUUAUAGGUCCCUCACAAUGUCUCAGAGCUCACCUGCCUCAGAUAAUCUGCAGGCCUGCCUGAAGACUGCUCCUCUUGUUUCCUCUAUUUGCCUGACAAACGCUUUUCUGACACUCACACAAAGGCAGUGUGUUGAAGAGAAAGGAGACCGCUUCAGCAUGACGUACCCUCACCCUGAGAGCCACAGUAGCAGGACUCCAGGGACUCAUAUCUGACAUGGACAUCAGUGAUGUUGAGACAUUCCCAGCUCACAUUCAGGUGUCUUAAUGCUCUUAAAGAAACAGUAUUAAGCAAAGGAAGGAAGUGGUCCUCCCUGGAGGGGUGAAGAGUGUCACGUUCGUGCUGAGCUAUCUCUUAGUAAUGACGCUGCUAAACCCUGUACCCAAACACCUACUCAUUAAGAAAUAGAUAAGUAUCUGCAGGAGUGGGCAGGCUCUCCUAAAGCUGCAUGUCUGGAGGGGGUGAGGAUUCGGCUGGCAGGGAGGAAAAGGGGUGGGGUGAGGUGCGGUGGGGUGGGAGCGCAGGCUUUGACCAGCAGGUUUCAGAUGUCAUGGCAGAUUCUUUCAGGGACAAAUUACAGGGUUUAACUCCUCUUGUACCCAGGAUGCCUGUAUUCAGAUUUAACUUCCUCGAUAGGCACUCGAGCCCGACGCUCCUCCACACCAUUGUCAGGCACCCACUUGACUCUGGAGAUACUUCACCUCCUCUCACGCUCUCACAAACUCCUCAAGACUUUGUUCGUGGAGUACAAGUGGCCUGCCUUUCUUGCAGAGAGUAGAGCAGAGCAGAGCGGUGCAGCCCCUCUUAAGCUUUAUAUUAGUUAGCGUGUUGGUGUUAAAGGGCUUUCCAUGAGUGGCCCUCAUUAACCUCUUAGCGUCUUUGUGCUUUGAGUUGGCACAGGGCUGCUCCAUAGAUAAGCUGUACUAUGAAACAGCUGAGAGGCUUGACUCUGGUAUUAGCUGCACAUAAUCAUCUCCGCUGCAAACACAGUAAACAAUGAAGGAAAUCCAGAUGUUGCAUGUGCGUUGUACGACUGAGCGCACUUUCUGUUCUGUCACCUCAUACAUGCUUAUUAUUAUGUGCGUCCCGUACACAACUUCGGCAAAUACCUUCACACACACAUGCAUGCACACACAGAGAUAUUCCCUGUGAGCUGUAACAGACCUAAAGCUCUCUGAAGCAUUUAGCAGCACGCUAGCAGGUUUACUCCACGCUGCCAGUGCUGAGGGGAGUGCUGAAGCAUCUAAUGCAAUUUCAACCCAACAUGGCUUUCUGUGAAUAAACAUCACUGGAGUAAACCGUCUACUGUAUGCUGAUCCACUGUAGUGCUUUCUAUUUUCUCCAUACGAGUUGAUCUAAUACCCCCUCCUCUCUCUCUUUCUCACACUCUGAUUUCUGCAGAGACUACAUUUGCCUCCAGACUUGUCUGAGACGGUGAGUCGUGUGAGCAGGGGGGAGCUGGCAGGAGCACCCACCGCUGCUUCAGCCUGUGGCACCGGCACUUCCGGCAACAAACACCUGGACUUCUAG